CUGACAGCCGCCCAGCAGCCGCGCUCCUCCCGCUGCUCCAACUCGUCGCUUCGCCGGUUCAGUUCUGACUUAAAUUUACCAGUUUCGUCCCACAUUUAGAACCACUAACUGGGAAAGGAUCUUGUUCGCUUUUGGAGUUUUAAUUUUCGGUGAAUGGAUGGAGUCCUCUCCGCAGGAUUCAACGAGCGACCCGGGCAGGAGCGGCUCUGAGCCCGCCACGCCGGUCACGGAGACGCCGGCGAACGCGGAGCCUCAACCGGGCGGAGAGCACCUGACCCCGGCGAGGAGAACCAGCAGCUCCACCGGCUCCAGUAAAGGUAAGACCUCUGCUUUGUUGUGUUUUUGUUCAUUUGGACAAUCUUGACUGGUGGAUGUGUGAGCUGUCAGGCUGCAGCAGAAACUUCAAACGGAUUGUGUUCAGAUUAAGUGUGAGGAGGUUCACACAGACACGACUGGAGUGUCCUCCACUGCUACACACUCAUGCUACACACUCAUGCAUUGUGUUGACCUCUUCACUCAGCAGUCUGUGGAGGAUGUGCAUGUGCAGCUGCAUGGAUGAAACCUUGAAUUUCCUGCAGCCUUUUCCUUCAAGUGACUUUAAAGUAACUCCAGAGGUUGAUCAAAGUGAUUGGAUAUCAUGAACUCUGAUUCUGAUUCUGGUUUUAGUCUGAGGUCUGUGGUUUGGUGAAGGAUUGAUGAAGUUGUGAUGGACAGAUGUUCACAGUUUGUGUUUCUCUGUUUGACAGUAUUUGAGUGUUUUUGAGCCGAUCAUAAAAUGCACCGCUGGAAUGAAUUUAGAGCUGAUUCAAGUAUUUUUGCAACAAAGCCAAAUGUUUCAUCUUUUCCAGAUUUUUAAACUUAAAUAUCUAAAACUCUGAUCCCAGGUUACCUGCAGGGCUGUGAUUAUAAGUUGACUAAUCACAAAUGUUUGUUCGUCAUUUUACAAGCAAGAAAAACAGACUAAAUUCCUGCAUGAAUGGUUUCCAGCUGCUCGUAUGAGAGUGUUUCGCUGCUUUUCUUUGUCUGAUGGAAAAAAAGACAUAAAAUAUGAUGCAACUGUGUCAAAAUCUUCAUUUUCAUUGGUCAGUAAUAAAUGAUCCUGCAAAAGUGGCUUUACAAAUCAAAUCGAGCCAUGAAAUGCAGUCCAGCAUGUAUCACACACACAAUUUCACCUCUUAUUGUUGGUGCAGAUCCCAAAAUACUGAACAACGGAAGUAGAAAUGUCCCAAGUCUUUAUUCGUUUUUUAAUGACCCUAUAAAUUUUGUUGCAUGGACUUGUUAACAUGAUUUUUGUAUUGAGGGACUUUGGCUCUCUGAUUGGUCAACAACCAGAGCGCAGCCAGAUCCAAUCUCUGCGUCACAUCCUAAUUUACUAAACCGUGUAUUAUCCCUCACUUAACUGCUGCCAUAAACAAAGUCAGUGUGUCAGUGUGCUGUCCUGAUCCUUCGCUGCUGUUAACACUGCAGAUUUCCCCACCAUGAGAUGAAUAAAGGGUUUAUCUUAUCUUAUCUGAGUGUCUGUUUGGACCUAAAGCAUGCCUGUAGUCUCUAAAGAGAUGUUAUAAAGCUCAAAGAUGCUGGUUGUCAUGAGGAUGGUGACUUCAGCGAACUUAUCUGGUUGAACUAAAAACCAUCAGAGAGGUGGAGUUGGUGUCACAGCCUAACCGCACAGUCACAUCAGCCACACCUCCUACUGUCCCCAACUAUGUGAAACUUUCACUCUUGAUAUUUAAGAUCCAUGAUAUGAAAACUGAAAUCUUCAUCCAGCCACUGAGCUGUCAGAACUCAGUCCUCGUCUUUUUCUUGGUGUCACAGCUCCCAGUAGCUACUGAACCUUUGUAUUCCUACGAGCUUCUUUGCAGGAGGACGACUGACUUUUCGAGAAUUUGUAGUGGCAAAAAUUUUACGAUAUUUUCCCCCUUAGAAAUACUGAAAAACUUUCACUCUGCCGAUGCCACACGGACUCUGUGGUCAGCUUACUUUGCUGCGCUAGUUUUCAGACCGGUAACUGUCAUGUACAGAGUUGGAAUGUAUGCAGUAUCAUCCUCAUCGUCAUUGGAUUAAAAUAGUUUCUUUCAAAGAUUUUAAAAAGGAAACAGACAGAAACCAAAAAGCAAAAUAUAUAUUAUAUAUGCAUAAAUAUAAAUAUGAAGCAGUAACACUUUAAAAUAUCACAAAAAACAUUCCCAUCACUGACCUAAAGUUAUCAGACACAUUCACCCCGACUUAAUAUAAUCAAAACAGAUGAGUUAUAAAAAUCCAAACCUGCACGCGCCAGAAAUGACCAAAACUUUUCUCAGAGUUUGUUCCCAGCUGUAAAAAAAGACAUUUUAAUGCAGAACUUAAUAGUUUUCUUUGACUUUUACCACCAGCCCCAAGUGGACGCUCAAGGUACUGCAGGUUUUUUUUUAUGGUCAACACGUUGUAGAGCAGCUUCUGCCAUCUGAGUGUUUCAUUUACGGCUUAAUUCCACAGGAUCCGAACAGCAGCCUGAUCAAAUACGCAUUAUAAUCAAUGUGCGUGAUUCCACAUAAUGCGUCCGCCGUCGGGCUCUGCUGCGGAUCUGCUCCGGUGGUUGGAUCAGAUAUGUGAAGCUUCUGUUUUAGCUGGACGAUGCAGCACAGCGCAUCAAUUCAGUUGAACUGUUCUGCACGUGAUAGUGGGAGGGGCCAGGGUUGUGGGAUGUGAGUGUUAUACACCACCAAUCUCAUUUAAUGUCUUACGGUGAAACAUGUGAGAUCUUGUGAUCUCGUCCAGUCUCGCGAGAAAUAUCGGUAAAAUCACAAGCGCUUCUCCUCCACCUGCGGCUGCGGAUCAGAUCUGGUGGGCGCUGUAUGCUUGCGUUACAGCUCCCUCAGUUGUAGGUAGAUGAUGAAUUUUGAGUUUUUCUGAUAUUUGUGGAACAAAUCUUCGAGUUUGCUCGGCAGAGGAGCUCUGUGAUGACGCUUUUCCCUCUUUUCUUUUCUUCUCCCAAAAUUAUUGCUUCAGUCAGAAAAGUUUUCAUUUUAGUUUCACUCUUCUUAAACUAUGAUCUCAUUUGAUUUGAAGGAAACAGACAAACAGACUCAUAAUUAAAAAAAAAGCAGUUUAGGAAGCGCUGCAAACUUCCGUGUCUGACUUCCUGCAUGCAGCUCCGGCCUGACGCCAGAUUUUCCUGCAGCUCUGUUGGUAUGCAGACCAAAGAGAGAGAGAGGGGGGGUCAGAUGGAGCUUCAUUGAGUUUCUCAGAGCGGAGACUUUGUUACAUAACAGCUGUUCAAGAAGAAGGAGAGAGGGGGAAAAAUCCCAGUGAGUGUUUGAGCUGUGACGUAAAGCAGACGGGCAGCGAGGAGCGUGACUCAGUUUCUGAGAUUGUCAGACGAAGCAAAGGCGUGAUUUGUUUGAUUGAAUGGAGUCGGUAUGAGACAGAAGGUCCAUCUGAAAGUGAAGAGCAGCAGCAGAAACUGAGAAGAGUUCCUCUGAAAGUAUGUUAGGAUCAUCUAAAAGUACGGAGCCAUCGGGACCUUUGGAGCCACCAAGUCCAGCCGUGACAUUUUAACUUCACAGACGUCAGCGAGUUAAUACUCGACCGAUUCACCGCAAUGGACAACUAUUAGAGUCAGCUGAUAUAAACUGCCACUCUCACACAUUUGCACAAUAAUCUGACAUUUAUAUAAUCCAGAAACUCAAUGUUUAUAAUCUGAUAAACUCGUCAGAUAUGCUCUCAGUGUCAGCGUGUCUUGUUGUGUCUGACAGCAGUUGAAUGGAUCGUCUGAGUUACGUAAGAGGUGACAGGUUAAGAGGGCACAAAGCCAGAGCAGCUAUUGUUUGAAUGACGGCGGUGAAACCAGCGCUGAGGUUCACGUCUCUAACCUGCUGACCCACAUUCCUGCACUGGUCAGCACCUGACUCUUCAGGACAGGUUUUAAAACAAAGUGAAUAAAACAUCCUGAUCAUAGAGUUUCAGUGUCGACUCUUUAAAUGAUGGAGAGCCUGAUUUUAUUUCCUGUUUGUGUAAAAAGUUAAAGCUCCAGUGAGGAGUUUUUAAUGGUUAUAAAACACUCUGAAGUUAGCAGUGAUCUUUUCAGGUGGAGACAUUUGAGCUGAUUAAUUGUGCAGCCCUACAGGAACAACAGUAAAGACGCUAUGUAUGUAUUUUCUACAUCACUACUACGGCUGGGCGAUAUGGGAAAAAGUUUAUCAAAAUAUAUUUUUGUCAUAUCAGUCGAUAUCGAUAUAUAUCAUGAUAUAAAAAAUGAAAUUUAACAGUGUUUAUUGGUAGCAUGUCUUUUGCGGGUCUUUGUGUCUCUUCGAUGUUUUGUCGUACGGCGUUGGGCUGGAGAAGCUGAAUGAAUGGUCGUCUGUUUUGGCUGCACAGGCAGCACAGGCUUUUUGCUCCGCUCGGGGUUUGUAACCUUUUGCGUGUGCUCUGCGGCGUGGUGCUGCUUCAGGUGGUGAAAAAGAUUUGAGGUAUUCCCCGACUUUGUGAGAACAUGUACUCGACAUAAUUUACAGUACACAUUACUCUGCUUCAUGUCCGACCUCAAAAAACCAAAAUACCUCCACACCACUGACGUUUUCCUAAUGCCAGUGUUGUCGUUGACAUUGAUGUGGUCAUCUGUUGAGCCUUCAUGGUCAUUUCUGUCGGGGGUAGCACUCAUUUUCUUUGUUUCUCACCAACAGUGCUGUCAGCUUCACCUGUUAAAGUGAUAUGGUUGGGUGGAGCUGCUGUCUGCUACGACUUUGCAGUUGUUUGAUACUUGGUUCUAAUUCAGAACAUGAUUGGUUCAGACCCGGAGAAACUCCCCUUUUCAUUGGCUAUUCGUAUAGUCUACCAAAACAUCGCAGAAUGACGACUAUCGAAAAGCAUAUUGACCAUGUUUUAUAUUGAUAUCGACGGAAAUCAAUUUUCGAUAUAUAUCGUUAUCGUUUUAUCGCCCAGCUCUAAUCACAACUGUACUUGUUUACAUCUGGAUAGUCCAGAUUUCCAGCAUCAUGGCGGUCAAAACUAACCUGAGCUGCAGCCUCGGUUGGAUUGGUAGCAGUGCAGCAGCUCGGAUACAACAUUCGACCACAUUACAGAUAAGAAUAUGGAGAGUCUGUGAAGCUGCGGAGUCAUUCUGGUGUUUUUAUUUCCCUCUAUCUGUGAGUCCAGAUGAGUCUAUCAGCUCUAACCUGCCGCUCCACAGGAGGUCACAUUCACCACAUGAAAACAGAGAAGUUGUGUACACAGAGUCUCACUGGGUAUUUUUGAACCCCGUUCAUUAUCCACAAACACCAGACGAUCAGAUCUCCAGGAUGAGACAGCGAGAGGAACGAGGCUGAGAUUUAUUGUUUGUAAUGAAGCUAAAACCGUCGAGAAGAAGACGAAGAAGAAGAAAGAGGAAGACAAGCUGUGUGGGCGAGACGGAGAAACCUCGAGGGGUUCAGACGCCCGACUCAUCCCAGAGGAGAAGAAGAAGAAACAAGAGAAAAAGUGACAAGUGAAGACACAACAACAUCAGAACCGUGUGAAGGAGAGAAACGCUGCGGCAGAGACGAGGGAACUUGAAGAAAAACUGGAGUGGAGACGCUGAGUGUAGACCUGACGCAGAGUUCACAUGAACUGUGAGAGCUGGUGUUCACAUCUCUGCGAGGAGGGAACGAACUGAAGGUUUCUCUGGUUUCUUAAGAACCUCCUGGUGUUUUCAGAGCGUUUAGGAGUGUGGAUAUUUGGUGAAAUCAGGAUAUUUCUGCAGGAUUUCAACAGUCUGGACGCUUUUUGAUGCAUUUUUAAAGACGCUAAAAUUCUUUGGUGAUUCUUCACAUCAGACAACAUUUCAGUAAAACAAAGUUGUGAAUUUUGAAAAGUCUAAAUAAUUUUCUCUGAACUUCACAUUUGAAGUCUUUAAGUUUCAGAAAGUCGAGUUUAUUAAAGAGCAUGAUGACAUUUUUAUUCGUGUUUGGAAACUCCAAACUUCUCUGCAGCAACAUUUUCUAAAUUACAGUCAAUUUGAGAUUGUAUGGGAUACUUUGAACUAGGGCUGCACGAUUAAUCAUUUUUAAUGAUGACGAUGUAAAAAAAGAUGAAACUGUCAAAUCGAUUUUCCUCUCUAUCAUGUCACACUCCUCCAGGCCACCAUAGGCUCCUCCCCCUUCCUACAUUUCUCACACACACCAGUGUAAACAAACAUGGCGUUUGCAAAAGAAGACGAUAAUUUCGUGGUUAAAUAGGACAAGAGCGAGUCAGUCGUGUUGAAUUGGUACGACUUCACAGUUUCAGAUGAAGAGUAAACCACUCCCCGCUGUAAAGUCUGUCUGAAGGCGGUAUCAACCCGUCACCAUGGAAACGAAUUCAGGAGGAAACGCUAAAGUUUUUUGUCGUUUCGUCGUUUCAUCCACAUGGAAACAGUGCUUUAGGUGACUGUAAACGGUACUUUUUGAAAAUAUGCACACUGUUUUAGUGGUUUCGAUUGAGAGAUGAUAGAAAAACUUUUUAUUAUUAAAGUGAAGUUUGGUGAAGUUGUCACUAAAUAAAAAGUCGAAAUUGAAAAUUGAGUUUUCAGAGAAAAAAAUCAGGAUUUUAUUUUUGGCCAAAAUCGUGCAGCCCUAGUCCCUGUUGCUGAAUCUUGUUUUUGCAAAGAUAACAACUGUAAUUGAGGAGCACAUUUAAGGUGGACUUGAUAGGGGUGGGAGAAAAAAUUGUUUCACAUAAGUAUCGUGAGUUUUGGUUUUACAAUUUUUUUAAAUCGAUUUUUUUUUUAAUUUAAGAAUAAAUCUUAAAAAUUGGACUCACAUAUGAUGUGAAUAUUUUUGGGAAAUACAGUUCCCGGAAUAGUCAGUAAAAUCCGAAUCAUUCAACUGUUUCACUGGUGUUAAAAAUAUUGAGAAAAUCGACAAUAUCGUAGAAUCGCUAUUUUAAUCGAAUUGGCAUCCAAAAAAUUGUAUUAAAUCUGAGACAAGCAUAUCGUCCCAGCCCUAGGACUUGACAUAUUUUGCACACGAUUGUAAAACUGUCCUAUGUAAUGUUGUUCUAUGUUCUCCUGUAUCUCUGAUCAGUUUUUCGUUUGUACUCAUUUCGACACUUCAGAAAACUUGGACAUAUGACCCAGUUUGGAGUAUUUCACAAACUGGGUGACGAUGUGCUCAGCUCGGGGCUCCUGUGAAGUUAUUUUGGCCGGCAGGUCCCCGGUGGCUCCGGGGUUUGGAUGCUAGAGGAGGUUCGGAUGCGACUCCUCAGUGUGUUUUUUUUUAUGUCAGCUCCCACUAACAGGAUUUAAUUAUCUGGUUUGGGAUGUAUUUUACUUUCUUUUACUUUCAUACAAAGACAAACUGGGGUUGGAGUCUCGGAGGACUUUGGGUUCAGGGGGUUUUAACAGGAACAUCUGUGUGAGGGGAGAAAAGCUGCUAACUGGCUGAAAGUUUCUCCUUUUUUCGCAGCAGUGUCUCUUCUCUGUAGUCAACGUAAAGAAGUUUUUAUUUUAGGUCAAUUUGAAGAAGAGUUUUGAGGUUUAUUCUCUCACCAUGUUCUCCACAUACACGGCUUUUAUUUCUUUAACAAACAUCCGAAGUUUUUCCUCACCGACAGUCCAGUUCCUCCUCCCUCCAGACUCACAUGUGGUGAAUUACUGCGCUCUAAUGAUAAUUACCCAGAGUGCAUCUUGCUCUGGUCUUAAGCCAGCUGUUAAUUAGUGCGCUGACGGCUCCUCUGUGCGGCGGCGGCGGGUCUGUUGGGUCGAACACGCCUCGCUGCUCUCCUCAUAGAGACUCAAGAUCGCCGUCAUUAAGAUUUCUUUAACUUCCUCCGAUCAGGAUCCGAUAGUUUCGCUCUCGGGUCACGUCAGGGUGGAUUGAUCGUGAUUUCUCUUUAUAAAAUCACUUCUCAAUAGUUAAAACAUUUUGUCCCUCUUCUUUCUGAAUAAAUGCAGCUCAGGUGAAAAUCGUCUCAGAUGCUCGGACUAACUGCCUCUCACCAUCUGGACUCUCUGAGCGGAGUCCAAAACAGGACUUGCCUCUCUUUAACUGCUAAUUGAUAUUUGCGGUCUGGUCAGCCACCUGUCCAGGAGGAGGGAGAGAAGCAGGGGCAGAAAAACGGUCUGUGGUUUGAGGAGUUAAGGCAUUUUUAACAUUUGAUUACUGAAACUAGAUUCAAGAGAAACUGAAGAACAGUCGAACGAGGAUAGACUCAUGAUGUAGUGACUUUCUUACCUAGAAAAGCCCCUGGACGUGUUUCAGGGAAAUUCAGAGAAGAUCCAAGUAUCUUCACAGACUGUCCACGAUCCUCCAUGACAGACAUCCAUGAUGAGUUAUCUAUAAAUGUUGGUGUAAUGGUUUCUAUUGUUAGACAAAAGCUGAGAUCUUGAUUCAGUCUGAUGACCAAUCAGAGGCUCGUCUCGUUAGAGUAAUUUUUUCUGUUCUGUUCUUCUGGCUUAUUUUUUUCUUCUGUUUUUCACACAAUUGUUUUUUUCUUUUUUGUUUUUUGGAAUUUUUUUGUUGUUUUGUUUUUCAGACUUAUUGUUUUAGAUAGUGAUGCACGAUAUGAAAAAUUUCAACCGAUACCGAUAACCGAUAAUUUUCUUCUUCUCAUGGCCGAUACCGAUAACCGAUAAAUUCAUAUUUUUACAUUUAUUAUAAUCUUCAUAUAAUCUGCAGUUUGUGCAGGAUGCAGCGAUUGAAAACUGAUAGUUUUGUUGCUCUGGCCUAUCUAGAACAACAAACAAAAGUUUUUGGCUCUUCAAAUGUGGUCAUUUGCUAUAAAUAACAAUAACAGAGCAAAAAGCAGAACUUCAUUUGAUCCCCUGAACUGUUCAACAGAACUGUAAACUGUCAAGGAGCCAUUAUGAGCCGUUAGGCUUAGCAUGCUGACCGGACUAACAUCUGACGUCCAUAUGUCUGUGGUAAAACUCACGUGUAGUCCGUUCUUGUCGAUCAGGUUGUGAAUGUAUGUGGCGACAAUAUCAUAGAGUGCAGGAAGAGACACAUCCGAGAAGAAGCGGCGGCUUGGGAGAGUGUAACGUGGCUCCAAGUGUGCUAUGAACUUACGAAAACCCGGGUUCUCAACGACGGAAAAAGGCUGGUCGUCGACCGCUAUGAACUCCAUCACUUUGUCGUUAAUGGCUUUAGCCUUUUCGCUGUCUCUUGAGAAGCUUUUGCAGUUUUUAAACGCCUGCUGAAUGGGGACAUCGAUCCUCCGUAGUGUUGUUGUCUUAGCUUUAGUACCGCUAGCAGCUUCGGCGGCUGUCUCAUAGUCCUUUAAUACUGCUUCGCCGCGAUGGCGACUUUUCAGAUGAGCUAUCAGAUUUGUUGUGUUAAAACUUGACGUCUUCUUUCCUCCUCUCGGAAUCCUCGCUGAACAGGUUUUGCAUAUAGCAAUGCUGUUGUCAUCUUCUGCCACUGAGAGAAACGACCAUGCUGGUGAAGACAUUUUAUUAUCUGUCAGGUAGUGACGGGGUCAGGCUUGGGACCUGCGAGUAAGGCGCGAUAGAUGACGUAACCAGCGCGUCUCGGACGGGCGGCUACUCCGCCUGCAAACGUUACUCGUAAUUUCAUUAAUAUAUCGGAUCUUUCUAUCGGAAAAAUGCACCUAUCGGACCGAUAAAAAAUGACGUAAUUUCCCCCCAAAUCGGCCGAUAUUUUAUCGGUCCGAUAAAUAUCGUGCAUCCCUAGUUUUAGAUAUUUAGAUAAGUAUUUUGUUUAGUUAGGAAAAAAAAAUAGUCCUCAAAACAGAAACAUAAAAAAAAGAACGAAAAGCAGAAUAAAAAUUUGUCCGAAAAAAAGGAGAAAAAAAAUUUUGUACAAAAAACAGAAGAGAAAAAAUAGUAAAUAAAACAAAUAAAAAUUAGUCGAAAGAAAAGGAAAAAAAAUCUUUAAAAAAAAAAUUUUUCUUUUCUGUUUUUCUUUUUGUAAGUGGAUGCAAUAAACUUCCGUACAUUUUCUGCUUUUUUGGUUUGCAUCAAAUCUUUAAAUGAUUUGACUAUUUAUUUCCAAGCAUGCAUGUGACAGAAAAUGCAGCUGAUUUGAUGAAAACAUUGAAACCACCAUCACUCACUCUGGUGAUUUUUAGAGUAACACAGUAAUCAUGACAACAUAAAGACUGAUUGAUCCUCACGUCCUCGGCUGAAAAUCCGCUGCUGUCUCUUUAAAAACCUCUGCCUGACUCCUGUCGCACUGAAAAUUGGAGAAUCUGUCACAGUCUAUAUUUGUUCCUGCAGAGAAAAGACCGCUUUUCACAGACACACACACGGCUUCUCAUUCUUCUUACUCCUGAAGGACCCUCACCGAUCCUGAACUUCCCUCAAACCUUCCUCCAGAAGACACUGAAGUUAAUCAAUAACCAACAGAACAGAGAUCCAAAGGGCCCCGCUCUGUCUCUUCAUGCAGUUUAACACAAUAUGAUCUGAAGUGUGUCAGUACAGAUAGAAGGAGGAGGAGCUGCAUGAACAUCACUCACUGCUGCAGAUACCAUCAGAGUUGAGCCUUUAAUGAUAAAAUGAUGAGGACCAUCAGUCUGAGUGACGGGAGGAGACUGACGGCUGCUGCUCAGAUCAGAAACACAUCAGUCUGUUACAAGCUCCGCUCAAACUUUCCUCUGCAAGACGCAACCUGGUCCUGGACUUUACUGCCGAAGACUCGCUCCUGAUGUGUUGCAGCACAUUUCAAUCGCUAUUACAGAACCAAGAAGAAGAAGCACCAAACGAUGAAUAUUACGCUAUACAGAGUUACUUGGCAUCGUGAAUUCAGACAGUCUAGUGUCGGAGCUCAUGACAGGUUAAUAUUAUAGAUAAGGUUAAAAUGAUUCCUCAAAUACCUCAAUUAUAAAAAAUGAUGGAGGAAUUCUCUCUGCCUUGUUUUUAAAAUCAAAUCGUCACUGUUUUUUGCAUGGAUUAUUUUCAAGGUGACACAGCGUGCUUACGUCACCACGGUAGAAGGAGGAGUUAGCGCAGUUUUGUUUUUGCAGAGCAGAAAAAAUGAAUGAUGAGAGGGGCAUUGAAAUCUGCUAACGCACACGCUUGUUCCGCGUGCCUUGUUUCUAAAAAAAGGAAAACAAUUGAUUGAUCAGUAUUAAGUUCAAUAUCUUCUUCCUUUAUAUAUUGAUAAUUUCAUCUUUACGAGAAAACAUCAUGUUUUAUCCGAUAACUCAAUUAAUAGAAGCAAUAUUCGGAAAACUACUCGAUUACUAAAAUAUUCGAUAGCUGCAGCCCUAAAUAUCGAGCAAAACUGUUUCCCCUAGAAAUUUUUGCAGCUGUGGUGGUGUGUGUGUGCUUGUGUGUUGCUUCUUGGUUCUAAUUCAGCACAUGAUUGGUUCAGCGCGACGCAGACCCACAGAAACUCCCUUUUUCAUUGGCUAUUCAUAUAGUCUACCAAAACACGUCAGAAUACCGACUAUUGAAAAGCAUAUUGACCAUGUUUUCUAUCGAUAUCGAGGGAAAAUCAUUUCGAUUUAUAUCGUUAUUGUUUUAUCGCCUAGCCCUAAGUUGGAUGAUUAUGCAUUUUGGGAUAAGUUUUCUUUUGCAUGUAUUAAAGCAGACACGCCCACAACAGCGAUCUAGAAGAACCUACAGGAUGAUGGAGCUCAGAGACUCCCAGAAGAGACUGUAUUAGAGACUCUAAUGGGACAUUAUUCAUUCUGCAGUCCAGUUUGACCCUCUAACUCAACUUCUCUGUGCAUGUAAACGUACUGCCUGGGUUCAGUUUAAAUCACUUCAAAACGCUCAGUUUCCAAAUAAGUAUCAGGCGCCUGGACGAUAAAACUGAAAUGGUCUUUAGUAGGCCUGAACGAUAUAUCGUUUGACUAUCGUCAUCGCGAUGUACGUGUGUGCGACAGUCACAUCGCAGAGCCUGCGAUAUUGGAGGUGAAUGAACUCAUUUAAUUUCAAGGGUAACCGACUGAGAUACACUCCAUGUGACUCUGCAUGUGCUGUGCAGCGAUCCACCAAUCGCCUUCGUCCUUAACUCAGUUGCCAAUCAGACUCACUUCUCAGUUGCCAAUCAGACUACCCUGCCAGCUGUCAAUCAAAAUCAGGGAGGAGAAAACCCACCCCUGCACAUGUUCUGCACAUGGAGGGAGACGUGUGUCCGGUGAGAAUUACUUUCGGAACUUUACUCAUGACUGUUAAGCCCAACAAAUAAGAACUGUAUGGGUUUUAAAUUGUACAUUUCCGUGGACCACUCUACUAUAAGCAGUGCGCGUUUUGCGAGGUGCAUGCAAUUCUCGGAGGACAUGCGUUUCUCGGCACAACCCCGCUAACAACAACAACAACGAUCGCAAAAUGAACAACGAACAAGCGAAAACCACCGAAAAUGAAGAUUUGUUGCCAAAAAGAAAAGGAAAGUCAGUUAUCUGGAAUUAUUUCGGUUCAAAGAAGGAUGAUGUCGACCAAAACACGUCUUCUGUGUUCAUCUGUUGCCACAAUAACGUCCCAGCACAAUAAAAGCUAAAAAUAUCUCUGAGACAGACAGAAGCCAUUCUACUAACAUUCACAAAAAGAGGUAAGAUCAGAGCAGAUUAACUGUCCUCAAGAUUUCAGCAGUGCAGCAUAACAUUAAGUGCUAUUCAGGUCAUCUGGUGAAAAUACUGUAUUUUUAAUAUCGCAAUAUAUAUUGCAGGGUUGAAAAAAUCGCAAUAUUUUUUUCCAAUAUCGUGCAGCCUUAGUCUUUAGUUCCUGAUCCUGGAACCUGGUCUCAGAGAAGACGCAGGAGAGAGAGAGAGAAAGAGAGAGAGAGAAAGAGAGAAAGAAAGUGAAACCGAGAAACUCAGCAAAGCAGAUUUUAAUUAGUGAGUAUUUUGGUUCUGGUAGUAAACAGCCCUCUGAAUGUAUUUGUCAUGUUAGCUACAUGAUUUUCCUUGCAGCACUUUUUACUUGCAGAGAUGUAGAGGUUGUGUUAAUUUUAUUCUGUGUGUGUGUGUGUGUUUGUGUGUGUGUGUGUGUGUGUGUUGACGCUGAGGUGAAGCUUCCCCGCAGGAUUAAAGUGAACCAUCAUUUAACCGCUGUGAAUCCUGAUCAGCCUCGCUCAGCAUGCUGAAGUCAUGUCAGGUGCUGCCUUUGAUGUCACCACGUUUUUUCCAGCGCCGGUGAAGGUGGAGUGGGUGCGGGGGUUGAUUUGCAUACAAAGCUAUUCUUGACUCCUCUUUGUUCUUGCACACGGUGUGGAAGCAGCGGUAAUUGUCUUCAUUGUCAGAGGUGUUUAUCUGCUGGGUUUCUGUGCAGAUUUGGCGAGAGAGUGAAAAGAUGGUUGUUUGGGAUUUUGUGCUGAAGACGGUCUUCUGUUCUCAGCGGGACGUUAACGGUGCUGACCGUAACUAAGGCUGCUGCUCUGAAUAUGAAUUUGCCAUGAAUUAAAAAUGAAUAAUCUCUUUUAAAACGAUCUGAUGUAGAAACGCACUCGUCGAUCGCUUUGGUGUCGCUGUUUCUGCCAUCCUUUUGAUGACCAUCAGGUGCUCUCUGUGUUUUUUUUAUGAGCUGAAUAUUAUAAGGUGCAAAAGUUGCUGGAAGAAAGCUCAAAUGCAAAGUAUGGACUGUGUAGAUGUAUAUUUACGUUGCAGCGCCCUCCUUGGAAACACAUGUAAUGACUCAAAUCAGCUCAGCAUCGAUCAGCUCUGGAGUCAGCGGCUGCUGAUCGAAUGAAAUUCAUUGAUCGACUGCACCCUAACUGUCUCAGAGCGCGAGUAAAAUCAUUCACGUGACUGAAUUACAUGUUAAGUCAAUGCAAAGACGCGAUUAAACGCUCCUACUACUCUGGCGGCGCGAAUGACGCAAACAUGCGAAUAAAGCCAGUAAAUACUUUUAAUUCACGUGUCUGGAUUCGCGUGAAUUAAGCGAGUUGAUGAUUUUACUCGCGCUUUAUGUGAGUGCCCCAUUAGGCUUGAGUUGCACCUCUUUGUCUGUGUCUCAGCAUGUUGGACCAAUAGAAGAACAUGAUCUUCAUGCUAUUUGAGGAUCUUUAUGAGUGAACUCUGAACUUCAGGACCCUUCACACAUGAGUUUGCAUCUCUGUUUUUUACUGUCUCUGAUAAAGUUUAAGUUUCUAAAGCUCCGUUUUCUAUUUAUUAAAGUCCUGCAGAAGUUGGAUUUUCUUUUUCUCCGUACCCAUCAGGCCAGUGAAAGAUGCUGUGACUACAUCCAUCCCUAAAAAAACUAUUUUAACGUGAUUGUGGUUGAUUCAUCUUGACCUUUAAAGUAUUGUUUUUCAUUUCCAAUAAUCCAACAGACAAAAUCUCCUGUUUUCUUGUAAACUUUCAGCUCUAUCACAUCCAUGUUUUCAAACAGUUGUUUCAUGGUUUACUAAAUCAACAAAUAAGCAAAGCUUGUCGUGAAAAGUUGGUGUAUUGGCCCUUUAAAUCCAGGCUGAACUGUGGUUGUGAGCCCUGAAUGUUUCUGGAUAUGUGAUAAACUGAGGCAGCAGAUGUUAAGUACCUGCAGAAACCUACUUUCUCUCUCUCCCUGAACUAAAUCAAACAUUAAGAAGCUGUUGGAUCAUCAUCAGCCUGUUUUUUCCCCUGGCUCAUGAAAAGUUUCAUUUUGAGGACGUACGGUGACGUGUUUAAAUCCACUGAAGCCUGCAGAGCGAACCGUGAACCUCUGCAGCAGCAGCAGCAGCAUCGUCUCAUCUCACACUGGACUGCAGAGACUUCCACCCUGACAGCCAGCAGCUCUUUGAAAUGCAAAAGCGAAGCACUCAGCUGAGAUCAAAGCAGGUGUUUCCUGUCAGCCGGAUCUGAUCUGGUGUCAGUCUGCCGCUCGGCCCGCUGCUCCAAACGUGCUGCUGCAGUCUUCAGGCUUCAGGAUGCUCACGACGCCUCCUUUACAGACUUCACCAAAGAUGUCACCGCGAUCCUCCGCUGAGGACCAGCACAGAAAACGAACAGAUCUUUGAUUGCUGGUUCUACCCCGGGCACAUUACAGUGUCAGUUUUCCAUAAGAGGAUUUAUAAAGAGUUUCUAAAUCUGUACUCUGGAUUUAAAAAAGCUUUACUGCACUAUUUUCAGGUUCCCCUCAGAGGCUGAUUCAACUCACCACCCUGUGUGUGUUCAUCGAUACCUCAUUACUCCUUUAAUUUUACAAUCUUACGUUCGUCGCCAAAUUGACUAAAUCAAUCCUGAAUUUUACAUAUUUGUAAAAAACAACUAAUCCUGGAUCUAAAUAUUCUACUUUCUACUUCUCCUGUCUUUGAGCUGAACUUAAGAGUAAAAAAAACAGUUUCUGCCUCAUUUAUGCAGGCCAAGUGAUAAUAGUUAAUCUUCGGUACGCUGUGUUGUGAUUUCAGAAGAAACAGUUGGAGAAUAAUCAGAUACAAAAUAGUUUUUGCUCCGAAUGAUUCAUUUUGUUCGCGGCCUCAAAUGUCAUAUUUUAGCUGUAUUAGCAUUGAAACUAGCUUUAAAACCUGUGCAUGUUGUUUAUCUUCAGCUCAGAUGAUCUUUGUAUAUAUCCUGUCACCAGUGGGGUUUCCCAGAUUUUAAGGUUGCAGUUGGAGCUCCACAGGCAGGAUUUCCAGGUGUACGAUGAUUAUCGUAUUUGUGCGAUAAUUUUGCCCUCUCUACGAUGUACGAUCAAUAACCCAGAAAAAAGGCUAAAUGUACGAUAAUUUGACAGUUUCGUGCAAUAAAACUGUCUCAGUCUGCCAGACACUUUAUUUUUCAGUUUUUUAUUUGCGAACCCUGAAGGCAUCUUAACCACAUGAUGUUUUCAUCCAGUCGUCCAAACAACAGGCAUGAUUGGCUGUCCAGAGGAGGACGGUGAUUAAAGGAAGCUGAAACCUUGUGUGAGGACGAGUUGAUUUUUGUGUCUAAAAUAGAUUUCACUAAUUUAAGUCAGAUUACUCUUUAUCUCUCUGUCUGUUAUUAUGAAUACUGUUUCAAAAAGUAGGUGACCUCAAGGUCUCAUGAUUUGGCUCAUUAGUUCCCACCUGUCAUUUGUUGAAAGGGGACACAUUAGUGUAACACUGCUGAGUUGGAGCUGCUGAUGUGGGGUGGGGCGGUGAAUGACCAUAAAACUUUAAAACCAUGAGUUCCUGUAGGAUGCUAUAUAGAGGAACUAUCUGUGACUAUCAUUCAACAGUAAGAUUGUUAUAUAUAAUUCUAUAUUUCCCAUUUGGCAACACCUCUUCUGUUUACCCUUUAUAAGCUUCCUGUUGUUACGCUUUUCAUUACUGAUAGUUUAAUGCUGCAGUUGGAGUUCCACAGGGUUCACUGCUUAGACCACUUCCAUUCACCUUAUACCAAUAGUAAGGUUAUUUAUGAUUGAUAGUUAAAUGCUUCAGUUGCUCAUGUAACAAACAUUUUAUCAGGGACCCACUCAGAUCACCACCUAUAGGUCUUGUUGACUCAUUACAAUGAAAAGCUGUGAGCAUCUUCACCUAAAAUUACAGAGGAUUACAUUUCCAGAUGAUUCGUUCCAUGAAGCAGCACCUGAGCGUAAACAGAAAGAGCCUGUCACAAACUUUAUCUUCGUGUAAGAACAACCUGAGAGUCAAACGUGGGGCUCUCGGUGAAAAGGAGGAUUUGUUUGAUGUGUGUUUCUUCAGGAUCUGAGAGUUUCUGUUUUGAUAGUUUCAAAGGUUCCUGAAAAGUUUUGUCAUUUUUCACACACACAGACGGUAUUAUCGGAGGCUUAAAAGGCGUUUGAAAAAGCCUCAAAAACUAAAAGGCUUUGUGAACAUCUUGAAAGUAUUUUAAGUUUUUUUUAUUUGAAGAUCAAUUCAAGAGUUCAGAGACGUUUCUGAGGUUGUAAAGGGUUGUUUAGACGUAUUAAUGAUGUAGGAGUAAAGUACAGUUCCUCACUCAUUUGGUCUUUUGAUAAUGAGGUGAGAUAACGUCUGAUGAUGAUGAUGAUGACAGCGGCACGUUUCAAAUCAGUCGGGACAGAAUCAACAAAACACGAAAAAGAGUCGUGAAGAGGAGACCGGGGAUGGUUGUGACACUUUUCUCUUCAGCUCCUGACACUCACAGAAUUUUUGAGCUGAAGCUUUUAAAUUUUUACACUAUGAACCAACAUUUGUUUACAGCAAAAGAAACAUAUUCAGUCCUCAUGAUGUGAUGUAAAAAUACAGGGUUCCUUUGUUUAAACCUGACCCUAUCGUGGGGUGACUAAUCCACAUAAACUCUCCUGAUUAUUUAUAUAUACAGUAAGUACAGUCUGGACAUAUUUAAUAUCUACAUCAAUGUAAAUGUUUGAUAGCGAUGUUAAAUCUGAAUAAAGCCCAGAAGAUGUGCUAUAUUAGCCGCUACAUCUCAGACCAUAAUUAAAGUCAUGUGACCUAAAGAGGAUAAAACCACCAAGUUGGACAAUACAUGGUAACACCUUCUACUAAAGCCCUUAUAAUAAGCAUUAAUUAAUAGUUAUUAUAACACUUAUUAGAUGCUUAUAAACAUUACUAAUACAUAUAAUUAAAACAUUUAUAGUUGCUCAUCAGACACUCAUAAAGGCUUGCAUUAAAAACUUCAUAAUAAUAAAACAUUUUAUUUUUAAGCGCCUUUCUGAACACGUAAGGUAACUUUACAGAGUGAGAACAGAAAAAAAAGAGAAGAAAAUAUGUAAAUAAAUUAAUAAAACACUAAAAAAAAAGAAGAAAUCAAAUGUGUGACUCUUAAACAUAAAUCAGAUUUUUUCAAAAACAGUUAUUAGACUUUAUAAGGGUUAAUUAAACAUUAAUGAAUAUGUUAAUUAGCUUGUAUCACACUUUUAGAGAACUUAUAACCAAUUACAGAAUAUGGACAGGUUUUGAAAUUCAAUAAGAUGUUUAUUUACAUUAAUUUAACUGUGUAAGCUUUCAAUAAAAGAUUUUAUAGGCUCCCCUGUACGCACUCACAGAAAUCUUGACACUGAUAGACUUUAAUUAGAUGUUCUUUCACUUUAUUAAGACAGCAGAGGUUUAAAUUAACCCUGAAUUAACAGCUAACAGUGCUCCUUUUGCAGCUUUUGGAUUUUAAAUGUGGUUGAUCGUCGUCAUAUUUGUAGAUCUUGUCGUUUUAGACUCAACUAAAAACAUAAUUUUUUCUUCCUCAUGACAGAGACAGAGUGGAGAGACAAAAACUUGAUUGAACUUGACAACACAAAUCCAGACUUCACUCGAGGUUCUAAUAUGAGCCUGAAGAAAUCAGAUUUUAGGAGGAGGUGAACGGUUACAGCGAAACAUAGCUUGACUCUGUUUGAGGUAUGCUCAUCGCCAACAGGUGUUAUGUUGAGUUUUGCUACCUUGUGGAAGAUUGCCACUGUAACGCAAAUGUGUUUUUGCGUCGGCUGAUCAUCAUGGCUUCUUACAGGAGACUGUAAACACCAGAAUGAAACCCCAGACUGUGAAGUUAUCAGCCGUUAAGUUUCGUCCUCAGAGGUGACUUUGCUCAGGUGAAGCGCUCACCUUGCUCCUUUUUUUAGGAUCUCCACGGAGGACGGUGAGGAGGCAGCAGCCAUCAUCCUCUCAGAAAGUGGGACGAUGUUUGAGCCGCUGUUGAUCGAUGAUGAAGUUUCUCCAAUUUGUUAUCGCUGCAGGUCGACGUGAGCCGGUAUUCUUAGACCCACCUCACACACACACACAGACACACACACACACAGGUACGCAGCGUUGUCUUGGUGUAAUCAUUUCUCUGAAGGAGGUCGUCGUGUCUUUCCGCUGUUAAACACGUCGACAUGGAUCAACUUGUGAUGGUGUAUUUUGUCUUCUGUGACUUUGAGCAAAGUUACCCAAAGUUGAAGUGAAAGUGAUGUUUUUUCAUCUCCGCCGUUCGCCCUCAGGAGCUCAGCAGCUCCUCACAAUAUUGAUUCAUUUCAGUUUCCCAGAUGAGAUAUUUUAGGGAGAAAACCCGACGUGCAGACUCGCGAAAAUGAUUGAUAGCACAAAGUGGAAACAAGCGGUGGCGCUGGUUUUCAAAGGGCAGCCAGGAAGUUUUGUCCUCAGGUGACAGAACGUCUUUAUUUAGAGUGAAAUAAAACUCCGAUAAUGAGUUGAAGUCCUCAACGUGGAGUCUGAGAGGCAUGACUCCGAUUUAAGGAGGAAAAACAGCGAGGAAUAUUAGUGUCUUAAAUCAUUUAAAGGUGAUUUAAGAAAGGCUGAACUCAAUAAAGUCCAUUAGUGGGAAAAACAUCUGUUACAGCCCAACAGAAGUCAGAUUAUCUGAUCAUUAAAGGGCAUCAUUGUGUGUCCAGAACAAGGACGAGCAGCAAACGUCAAGAGUUGAACCAGCAAAGGAUUGUAGAUACUGUUCAUGAGGCACAUGCCUUAUAUCAGGAGGCCAAACCAGUACCCCAUAGUUCUGGGGUACUAGUUUCCCCGCUGACUCCCGUCGCCUCUCAGGGGUGAGAAUAUGAUACGAUACGAAAUGAUAUAAUUCGAUACCAUAUGAUACAACAUGGUACAAUACAAUAUAAUAUGAAACAAUAUGAUACGAUACAAUAUGAUAUGAUACAAUACAAUAUGACGUGGUAUAAAUGUUAUGAUUCGAUACAAUAUGAUACGAUACGAUAUGGUACGAUACUAUACAAUAGGAUACAAUAUGGUACAAUAUGAUACUGUACAAUAUGGUAUGAUAUGAGACGAUACAUUAUGAUAUGAUACAAUAGGAUAUGAAAUGAUAUGAUGAGAUACGAUACGAUAGGACAUGAUAUUAUACAAUACGAUUUAAUAUAUUAAUGAUAUGAUAUAAUACAAUACGAUGUGGUAUGAUAUGAUAUGCUACGAUAUGAUAAGAUACAAUACAAUAUUGUACAAUACGAAAAGAUAUGAUAUGGUAGGAUUUAAUACAAUACGAUAUGGUACGAUAUGGUACGAUAGGAUAAGGUAUGAUGCAGUAUGGUCAAUAUGAAACGAUAUGAUACAAUAGGAUAUGAUAUGGUAUGAUAAGAUAUGAUACGAUAUGGUACGAUAUGAUACGAUAGGAUAAGGUAUGAUACAGUAUGGUCAAUACGAAACGAUACGAUACAAUAUGAUAUCCACAGCACAGCUCCUGGUUAGGCUCUUGUGUUAUCACGCAUUGACUACUUCAACUUCUCACUGGUGGCCUCCCUGCGUUCACAGUCAAUCCUCUGCAGGUGGUUAAAAUGCUGCAGACCAUCUGGUUUUCAACCAACCCAACACAGCACAUGUCACUCUGCUGUCAUGUCAUGAAAAAGUCCUACAAAUCUACAUCAAACUACAUUAUCUCAUGCCUACCUGCAGAUCCUCAUGCAGACCUACACUCUCUCCUGCUAUGCUCUGCCAGUGAAGGUACCUGGUGCUUCCAUCCUCCUCUGAUGUCACUUCAGUCAAUGACCAAACUCUACCAGAUCUACCUUUAAGAAAAGUCCAGUGAAGUCGUGGAAUGAGCUGGAGGACCGAGUCUGAACCACAGAAGCUCCACCUUGAGGAUCUGCUGCACCUUCAUAUGGAUAAAUAUGGAUGAAAGACGGAGAAAGCAGCAGGAGAAGAAGAAUGUGGAGCUUAAUUAAGACUCAUAGAGAAGCUGAAAUGACUGAUGUGUUUACAGGCUGUAGGAAACGAGAGCGCCUGAGGUGAGAAAGCAGCAAAACUCUGACACAGGAUGUCUAAAACAACCCUGAGCAGCCAAAAACCCUGAGUGUAAUAUCCCCCCGAGGCAGACACACCGCUGUAUCAGUGAGGUGACGCACACACACACACACACACACGAAUACACACACACACACACAGUCCGGUGUGUACUGUUAUCUCACAGCCACAUGUGUGAGUGGGAGGCUGGCGUUUCCAAACCCAUUUAAAUUCCAAUAUCAGGCGUUAUAGCUUAUCACUCUCAGCGCAGCCUGAAACAUUUUCUAUACGUUGUUUAUUUAUGGAAAGAGUAAUUAGACAAAGUUGUUUGGUCACAUGUCAGAGAAACUUAAAGCAUGUCAUCACGCUGCAGAGGAGCGAGGAGGAGGAGGAGGUUCGUGGUUAUGUUUACGUCGCUUCGUUUUCUACAUUAACGCGCAGAUGUUUUAUAAAAUAAAAUAAAUCUGCGUCCCUCCUGGUUAAUAUUCCCGCUGCGGCCUCUCCUCCGUCACCUUUCCCUCCUGCACAAAUUAAACUCAGAUUGGCCGCUCGCCUCCCGCUUGGAGGAGUAAAUUAACUCGGGGAAAUUGAAUUUUUUAGCCUGAAAUAUUUCUGUCCCAUCAGCUGAUGGGUGGAGGUGUGGGGUGGUAGGUGUGUGAGAUUAGCUCCAAAAAUAUCUGUUUUUUUUUUUUAUUGCGCUGCAGUAAUUUUCCUCGCUGUUUGUUUCCAAACUCGGACGAAUCCUCCCGCCACGCCGCACGGUAUUUCACACCCCUCGUAGAAACCAACAUUUAUUUACGUCCUAAUAAGGUGGCGUCUUCCUCGACUUAUGAAAGAAACUUUUCUUCUUCUUCUUCUCUGUGACUCAUGGAGCCUUUUUUUCCCCCCUCCGUCUUUUGAAACUCGUCACUGCCUCUGAAAACUUUUUUCUUUCUUCCUCAUGAAACAAACGGCUCCUUUCUUCUUUGUCCCAUUACAGAUAACAUCCUGCUUCCUUCUUCAGAGCAGCCAGACUUCUAAUAAGGAUCCUCUGCUGUCUGUAGCUCUUAAAAAACCACCAAAUAUUGCAGAAAACACAAAAAUAAGACCUGCUGGUGUUUGAACCUGUCAUCGUCGGUGGUGUUGCAUAAGAAGCUGCAGUUAUAUCACAGCCCCUCUGAUUUUAACCCGGUUCAUUCUCUCUCAUGUUCAUCGCUCUGAUAUUGCUGCGCAGGUCCAUCAAAAGCUCAGAUCUGAUUCUCCAGUGUGGAGGAUUUUAGUCCGAGAACAAAGGAAUCAAAGAGACGUCCUAUAGGCUGCUGCUCAGAUUUCCUCCUGCUUCGUUUUACUACAAAUAAAAUCUAAUUUUAGGACAAAGACUCUGGACUUUCCACCAGGUUUUUAUGAGGAGAAAAGUGACAGUAGUGAGUGAUAAUAUCAUACACAGCAUCACCUAAACUUGACUAGUUUUGACCUUAAAGAGAUGCAACAAUAUAAUGUGUCCAGAUUUACACCUAAUCUUACAGGUUUGUUUUUGUCGGCUGCUGAUGUGUUUCUUUUGGACUUUAUUCUGCUGCGUUUGAGGAAACAGGAGUUCAGGAAAAAAGGUUUUAUUGAUUUUAUUUGCAUAUUGAAAUUGCUCUAAGAGGUGCACUCAAGUAUUUACAACUUUAAAAAGUGACCCUCCAGUGUAUAAGAGUAAAAAAGAGCCCAAUGAAGGCCCUGUCGGUAUAUAUGACCAACAAAAGUGCCCUCUUAGCAACUUCUUUAUAUAAAACUUUAAAAACUUCCCAUUUCAAGUCCCUUCUGUUGUAAAAAACUUUAAAAAGUGACUUCUUCUGAUUACCCCUCCAGUACAUAAACUUUAAAAAGUUAAUGGUUGAGGCUUCUUUAUGGAAAUACAUGUCCAGAAAAGUUCUGCUGAGGUGCCCUCAGUUCUACACAACUUAAAAUAUUUAGGAUUAAUUUGGUUUGCUCUGUACUUAUGCCUGAAGAAGUAGUAGUAGAAGUGGAAGAAGAAGAAGAAGAAGAAGAAGAAGAAGAAGAAGAAGAAGAAGAAGAAGAAGAAGUUGGAGUAGUAGAAAAAGUAGUAGUCGUUGUAGUAGUAGUGAAAAAAGAAGAGGUUGUGGUAGUAGUAGUAGAAGGAGUAGAUGAAGAAAAAGAAGUCAUAGUAGUAGAAGAAAAAGACAAAAAAGAAGAGGAGAAAGAAGAAGUCGUAGUUGUUGUAGCAUUAAAGGUAGAAGAAGAAGAAGAAAAAGAAGUCACAGCAGUAGUAGAAGAAGAAGAAGUCGUAGCAGUAGUAGUGGUAGUAAAAGAAGAAGAUGAAGAAGAAGAAAAAGAAAAAGAAGUCCUAGCAGUAGCAGAAGAAGGAGAAGUUGUUGUGGUCGUAGUAGUAGUAAUAGUAAUAGUAGAAGAAGAAGUAGUAGCAGUAGUGGAAGAAGAAAAAGAAGUAGUGGUAGUAAUAGUAGUAGAAGAAGUAAAAGAAGGAGAAGUAGAAUUAUUAGUAGAAGAAGAAGUUGUUGUAGUAGUAGUCGUAGUAGCAGUAGAAGACAAUAGCUGCGUCCGAAUUGCCAAGUAGUAGUCGAAGUAGUAGUCGAAGUAGUAGUCGAAGUGGUAUCUAGCAUGUCCGAAUUGGCCACCGGAGCGAGUAGCAUGCUACUUCAGAUACUACUUCAGAUGCUAGACACGCCCACAUUGUAGGUUGGUCUCGGUGCAUCCUACGGGCAUGCUACUGACCCAAAAUGCACCGCGGGCUUCUUCUUCGUUCUCUUAAAAGUUGUAGAAGCGCAUGUGAUGCUAGCGCCACCAGCUGCUCUGCCUAUUUAAAAGUGUCGCGAACGCCGGCUGGCCACAGCAGCGCGCACCAUGUCGGAGCAGCAGCAGCAGCAGCAGGCGGGACCGCAGCAGUACAGAUGUAAGUUUCCUAAAAAAUGUGCGGUUGUAUCUCUUUGUCAUGUCAUGGUGUCAUAUUUGCCCAAGUAAUCAUUUUAUGAGCAAAUAUGUGGCGACAUCAUGGAGGUAAAGCUCACUUAUUCCAUCAUUAAACUGCACAGCUGCAGUACUACAGCCAGGCCCGCAGAUGAGGGGCUUCAGUUACCACUGUCUGCACGGGCACAGUACCUACUCUCUGCCUGCGGGGGUCGUCUUUCCCCACCGCUCGUCUAGUGUGUCCGAAUUGGGCCAACGUAUUUAGUAUGUAGGAGUAGGAUCUAGCAGUAGCACGUAGCAGUAGCACGUAGUAUCCGAGCGGGCAGUUCGGACGCAGCAAGUGAAGAUGAUAAAGAAGAAGAAGUAGCAGUGGUAGUAGUAGAGGAAGUAAAAGAAAAAGAAGUAGAAGUAUUAGUAGAAGAAGAAGAGUUGUUGUAGUAACCGUAGUAGUAGUAGAAAAAGAAGAAGAAGAAGAAGAAGAAGCAAGACUUUAUUGGAAAUUGAAUUUUGUUACUUUUCAAACUUUUCACCAUGAAAAUGUAAAUGACUGGAUUUCAUAAUUCUCUUAGUCAGACCUUUUAGUGGAAAUACAUCAUAAAAAACACAUUUAAUGGUACCUACACACACACACACACACACACACACACACACACACACACACAGACAAUAAAUAGUACUUAAAAAAGAUGCUUGAAAUUAUCCUGAAAAAAGUGAAUAAAGAGAACCUGAAAACGUAAAAAGAAGGCAUCACUCUAUUUGAAAAUCUGAACGCCAAAACUGAAAACAGACGCUGAGAGCUUCUUUAGACGAUUCUUACCUGGUGAGUUUAAAGAGUGAACUUUUUAAAAAAGAAACUUAAAACCAGCUGUCAUCAGAUUCUGGUUAGGAGAAAAUCAUGAAUUUUUACACAAAAUUACCCAAAUAAUUUAAAAUGGGACCUUCAGGGUGCUAAAACCAGACUGAAGCGAUUCAACCAGCACACACACACACACACAGAGACACAAACACACACACACACACACACACACACACACACACACAUGCACACACACGCAGAGUCAUAAUCAGCAGGUUAUGUAAGAUGGUAUGUGUGACAGUGUGGGUUUGAUUCGUCAACCUGGCUCUCACCUCCUGACAGUGAGGUGGGCGGGGCAUCACCUCUCACCUCCUCAGUCUGCUGGGAGCAGAUGGAGGAGUCGACGCUCUCUGUUCCCUCGUUCUCUCCUCAGACACACCAAGGAGACAGAAAAAAAAAACACCCACAGUCUUUUUUAGACGAGGAUUACUUUACGCCGCCGGCCUCAUCUGCAUACGCCAGCUUUUCUUUACGUUCGCACUGACGUACAUGAAGCUGUGGUGAUGUUUACGAGCUCAGUGCUGCUGUGAAGGAAAGAGAAGUUGAUGAUUUUUCAGGCUAACAGUUGAAUCUUUAAUUUGUGUCUGAGCAUGAUGGGCUGCUCAUGAUUAUUUUCAUCAUUCAUUAACUUCCUUUGAAGCCCAACAGCACACAAGCAAGAAGACAUUAGUACAGACAGACGCGUCUUUACACUCUGCAUCUUAAUGCACGGUUAUAGCUGUAUCCAUGCAGCCUGCAGAUAUAUGGAGGAGGUCUGAUGUGUGGUCGUUGUUGUUUUGGCGUGAAGGAGGACGGUUUAAUACGAGGGUUUUUAAAGGCUACCAUGAGUUUUUACAAACCUGAGCUCCAGGUUCAGACUGAAGAGAAAUAAAGACUGUCGGGCUGUCAGAGUUGACCUGCUGAUAGUGUGGCGACGCAGUUUCAGUUUGACGCCACAGAUUUUUUAUUGGUGUGAGUAACGCACAUGUGGUGCAGCAGGAACGUGGAGGGCAAGUUCAGACAAAACUCCCUGAGCCUGAACGGGUAAAACCACAGAAAUGUGAUUUUAUUGAGGACCUGGUUUUGGCGAAUUUCAUCAUCCAAAAAUCAGGAACGUUUGGCAAUAAUUGGGUUUAUAUAUGUGGCUGAUUCAAUUAGUUAUGAAAUAAGAGCACUUGUUUGGCUUUGGGUCUGUUCUGGGGGAUAUGGCCUCAAAUCAAUGUCAUGAUAUAUUGAUCAGUCUUCGAUAACGAUAAAUGGACGAUAACUACUCCACCAGCUGCUCACCCCCUCCCACAUUAACUUCGUCUACUUCAGCUGCUCCAACUUAUGAACCGUCCUCCAUCUCCUCACCUGUCUUUCCCUCUUUGUUACAGACUGGAUGGGGUGGAGUCACGUCUCUGAUGUAGGACAGAGUCUUAAAGGGACAUGAGACCAUAGCCUACCUACACACAUCCAAAACACACUUUGAUUGAUUUAUGUUUUUGACACCAAUAUGGGCAAAAUGACAUUAGUUAUUGUCAUAAAUUUCGGUAUCAGUAAAUUUUCGGUUUAUCGCCCAGCUCUAUGUCCCGCCCACAACACCACCUGAUUGGCUCGACUAACCUCAGGCGAAAGUGGUCAACGGUUAGUCGUCCAAAUAAGGUUUUUUUUGUGCUGAAGUUUUUCAGGUUUACAUCAGAACAGAAUAGAAGUUGUCGGCCCACAUAGAGAACUAAAACCCGUGUCGGUAUCAAACCUGAAAAAAACAGUGUUGGUUGUCACCGGCUCACGGGUCCGAUGGUGUAACGUUGUGGUGUAUUUCUGCACUUUCAUCAGGUCUAACAUCCUCAUCUCUUUAAAAAUCUCUCCCCAUCAAACUGACAUGAAAGUUUCUGCUAAAUCGUUUUGUUUUCGCUUUUCUCUUCGCUCAGUUUUUGGAUUUCUGCCGCAGCCGUCUUGUUACUGUCGUCUUUUUUUGGCUCCAACUCGACAGAGUCUGAUUCCUCUAAUGGGAUUUUGCUGUGUUUGAUUUGUCAGACUGGAGGGUUUACAUGUGUUUUUUUUAUUUUUCUGUUGUGGUUGUUUUGUAUUUUCCCUUUUCUUUUGGCUGGAGCGGAGCACAAACGUUGGUCUUUGAUUGGUCUUUGACAGUUCGCUGCUGCUGCUGCUGCAGAGGCAGACGUUGGUACGCCGUGUUCGGGCUCCUGAUGGAGCUUUGUACUGCUGGUCUGAUGAAACCUUGAUGCAACACGAACCCUCAGAGCUGUUUGUAGAGGAGACAACAUACAGCAUGAGGACAAGAUAUACAACACAGAGUCCAUGUUCAGACGAAAUGAUAAAACAGAAGGUUUCAACCCUCAGACUUUGAAGGAUUUAUCUUUCAUACAGACACAGCCAAUCACGGCAGAGAGCUGGAGGCUGAGACACCUCAACAUGAACUGUUAGCUCGGUACACACUGAACCACGGACAUUAGACCUGUUUACAUGGAGGAUUUCUUCAUUCUGAUACUGGUUCAAGUCUAACAUGUGUUUCAAUCAGGACUUCAACAAGUCUAUAUUCUGCUCCGUCCCUCUGUCUCAGCUAGGGCUGCACGGUAUCGUAAAAAAACUAUACAGAGAUGUGAAAUAUCAGGAAUAAUUCCAGUUAAAUGAGCUCCCUGUGAUCCUUUCAUGUGCAAACAACAUUUACUACAACUGGGACGAGCUGGAAUACAUUCGAAGAUACACUCGAACAGUGACGAGUGCGUGUUUACAGUCUGCAGGAGACACACAACAGAGCGUGACGGCCGUCAGUUUUUUAUGUGAGGGCUGUGUUAAGAUUAUUACACACCGGGGGCGCAUUUGCAAAAUGAAUAGUUUCAUUCCAUAUAUCGUAUCAGUGCGCGUCUCAUCCUGUCACAAUAGUAACGCUGACCAACGAGAGCAAAGAACUCUCUGCAUGUGCAAAAGUCAACAAACGGCAAGAAAUUUUUUUGCAUUUUCAAGAAAACAGAAUAAGAGACGGUAUAUCGUAAAUAUCUUUGAUGGCUGCUAAUAGAGUAUGAUCUCAGCCUGAGAUGCGUUCAGGUUCAGUCCGUCCACUUCACCGCCUCUCUCUCUCUCUCUCUGUCUCUCUCUCUCUCUCGCUCUCUCUCGUGUCCCUGAACAUCUCUGAUCACUUAAACUGAUGAGCCGCCGCUCUGUUUUUCUCUUUUUGAAGGUUUCUUCUUCACUGUCCUUCACACAUCGAUUUUUUUUCCACUCCUGAGUCCCCCUGAUAGAUGGAGCCUGUUUCAACCUGCAGGUGUGUGUGUGUGUGUGUGUGUGUGUGUUUGAAGUGUGUGUUACAGCACAUGUCAGGACACACUUCUGAUGUUGAACCGCUAAAUAAGAAGAAAUCUGUUGAACUCGUUUACAGACUGUUUCUGCAGAAGAGAUUAUUCCUGUCCGCUGUUUUAAUGAUUUCCUUCCUGAUACCAGAUCAUAUUUGACAACCCAGACCCCAGACCCGGUCUAACCCUAAACCUGAGCAUUCAUGGAAAUGAUCUGUAUCAUUGCAGACAUUCAGAUCUGGAGGAAUUUCUGCUCCUCCUCCACAUUUGGAGUUUUUUUUUUACCGCAUUGCUCGACUGUUCUUGUGUUUCACUCCCGUGUUAAAUAACCAGAGUCCUCAGUUCACACCCGCCUCCCCUGGUGUUUUGAGGAGGCCCUGCUGUCUCCAUCAUGUACCUCCUGCGGCUGCAGAACAAACAGCGUGUUCGUUCAUUAGUGGGCUGACUCUCUCCUGCGGGCCCCGGCGUUACCCCGAGCUGAGGAUGGGGAGCGGAGCAGACUGUUUGGGAUCUCCUGCUGCCUCCACAUGUACAGCUGCAGGAGCUCAGUGUGUUAAAUAUUACAGACGAACGACUGCGUCUUCCUGCUGCACAACGUCAGCUCAGAGGGAUGGGAACUGUUGGAUAAACAAGAAUCUGUCAAGAGAGGAGAGAGACGGACAAACAGAGGGAGAGACCGUUUAGAGAUGUAAAGGAGGUGGAGAGAGGAGAGAGCAGAGAGGAGAGAGCAGGUGGAUGUGUCACUCGGGAUUUCCACAGCAUCCGGAAUCACCAACUCCUACCUGUUCCGAUAGUGAGGUGAAUUUCAUCGCGGAUUACAGACAGCAGGAACGCAAGAACUCACAAGAUCCAGCAGAAUCACGUUCAGUCGCGCGAUAACAAGUUGUCUCUUAGCCACAGAGGCUAACCGUAUAAGCAGUAGAUUGUGUCCUUCCAGAGGAGGAAAUCUACUUCUAGACUUCUAGAAUCAGCAUCUCCUCAUCCAUGGUGUCAUCAGGGUGAAAUGACGUCUAAAAACCUUUCACUUGUUCAUCUCCGCCCGUUUGCAUGGUGUGAAAUACGAUCCUUCUGAAACACGGAGUGUUUUAUUUUGAAAAGAAGCCGGAUGUUUUAUUUUGUGUCUGUGCCUGACUUCCUUUCCAGCACGGGUUCAUCUUUGCUGAAUUUAUCCGCCAUGCUCCGGCGUCUGGAAAAACCAGAACUCUUUCGAUCAGCUGAGGAGUCCGGCGAUCCGCAGAAGAAUGGAAAGAAGUUGGUGUAAAUUGACACGUUAACUUGAAUGGUUACGAUCAGCUACGAUCGGAGGAUACGACCUUUUCAUAGACGUUCCAGAUGAAGUGGAAAUUGGGGGUUAGUGCGCCUGAAAAGCCACUUUCAACUUGGGAAAUAAAUGCACCCUUAACCUCAUUUAACCUCCACAGAGAUCCAGAUUACAGAAGUUUAUCUGAAUCGCUUUGCUCUGCCUGGCCCUCACACGCACGCACGCACACACACACCCUCAGACCCUCAGGUAAACCGAGAGGUGAACUCGAUAUGAUGGAGGUUAACAGAAAAUAUCAAAGUCAAACAGAGUUCAGAGAGAGAAAUUGACACCUCAGGUAAAUGACAACUUUGGAUCCAGUGUCCCGUGCGUGUGUGUGUGUGUGCGUGUGUGUGUGUGUGUGUGUGUGUGUGUGUGUGUGUUAGCCUUACACUGCAAUAUUGAUACUAAUGGAGAGAAAACUUGAGAUCACAGUGUUUGACAGAAAAGUGAAUCAUCCAUAAAAUGUAGAUUUAUUUAAAAAAGAAACUCAGGUAUGAUAUUUUCUCGCAUUUUUUUUCUUUUAGUUUUUCCUCACAACAGUUUGUCAUGUAAUUAUAUUUUUAAAGGAACAUUUACUUCAUUUUAGUGAUUUAAGUUUAUUAUUUGCUGCAUGAAUGUAAAAUUUAAGACUUUUGAGAAAUAAGAGACUCGUCAUCAACGUUGGUCUGAAGAUGCUAAUUUUUGACGGAGGUCAGGAUUAUUAUUUUCAUUUCAUAAAGUUCGUUAAACAUAUUUUUUAUUACAGUAGUAAGACGGAUAUAGACUGAUCAAUAACAUAUUUUUACUAAUAUGCUAACAUGCUGCAACACAGCUGUGAGGGCACUUAGUAUUAAUUUAUUGAAUUAUUGGAAUAAUAACAAUAACUAAUUGAUUCAUUAUUGCUAAUGGCUAAUUUUUUAUUUUUAUUUUUCCUUUUUUGUGAUCAUUUUUUCCUUUUGUUUUUCAUUACAUUUCCAUUUAUCCACACCCCUUGUACCUACUCUUGUCCAGGGGUAACAUAAAAUUUAGGCGAUUACAGGGAAGAAAAAAAAAAUAAUAAUAAAUAAAUAAAUAAAUAAUAAUAGUUAUAACAAUAAUAGUAAUAAUAAUGAAUAAAUAAAUGAAUAAAGAAAUAAAUAAAUAAUGAAUACAUGAAUGAAUAAAUAAAUAAAGAAUUAUUUAAAAAAUAAACAGCAGUGUCAUCAGCAGAUAGAAAACAUAGUCAAGAGAUAAAUGGAUAAAAUGCAAAAUAAAAGAAAGGAAAAAAAAUAUUCUGUCAAUAAUUUUAAUGAGUGGGAAAAAAAAAGUGCUUAAACUCCAAGAACAAGGGUCGACUGUUGAUCAUGUAGCAGUCUCUCUCUCUCUCUCUCUCUCCCUCUCUCUCCCUCUCUCUCUGUUUGAUGGAUUCAGCACACAGCCUUAGGUAAUAAUAGCCAUGAUGGAUUCUCAGCUGGUCUGGGAAGCUGCAGCUCGGUCCGGGAUGAUAAAGAUGUUCUGGAGCUUCUGCUGCUGCUCCGCUCGGGGUCCGAGGGGCCCCGAGUCCAGGAAGAUAUUAAUGACAACCUGCAACACCAUUGGUCAUCGGCUAACAAACCUUAUUUUAGCGCGAGAGCAUCCAUCUGCCCCCAAUUACACAGAGAAAGAGAGCCGGCAUUCAUCAGGAGUAAUGUUAUAAUGAGAGUUCAGUUAUUAGUGUGUCUGUUUGCACAACAACAUCAACAUUAUGACCACAGCAGCAUCUUUUUAAGUGUGUUUCAUAACCUUUGAGAAUCAUCAGUCAGCAUGUGUAGAUUUACUAUUAUAAGACUGAAGGUCAUCAGGUUAAAAUGAAGUUUUCUGGUCAGUUUAUUUCUACAGUUGAACGUCUGAAGAUGUACAAACCUGCACGAAGAUGUGCAACGUCCUGGUAUCUGUGAUAGCGCCUCAUGUGCAUGUUUGCAUUCUUCGGUAAUAAGAUGUAGAUACAGACACAGCCUGCACAAAGGUGAGUGUCUGUUUGUGUUCACAGUAAUUUCAGAUGGACGUAAAACUGCCCCCAGAUUUUCACAGGAUACGGAACGGCUACGCUUCGCUCCGGAACGGCAGCCUGAUCAAAUACACAAGGAUUAUAACCAAUGUUUGUGAUCCCACACAAUGUGUCUACUGUCCAGCUCCGCUGCGGAUCCAAUGCGGAGGUCAGAUCAGAUACGCAAAGUUUCUAUUUUUGCUGGAUGCAGCAGCACAACGCAUCAAUUCAAUGCAGCGCAGCACGAGCGGCAGUGGAAGUCGUAUGUGGCUACAGAGUAAAAUAUCCGGUUAAUUUUCAAACAAAUUAAAGUCGAUCCGUUGACCUGUUCUUCACGUGAUAAUGGGAGGGGCCAGGGUCGUGGAUGUGGGUGUAAAUAUACAUCGCCGAUCUCAUUCAAUGUCUCAUGGUGAAACACACGAGAUCUCGUGAGAUUUCAUCCAGUCUUGCGAGAAAUAUCGGCAAUAUUGCCAGCGCUUCUCUUCCGCUUCCGGAUCCGAUGGACGCUGUAGGAUUAUGUUUUUGAUCCACCUGCUGUUCAGGAGUGGAGUGUAGUGAAUCUGCAUGCAGUGGAAUCCCGGAGCAAGGGUCUGUCUAUAUCUAGGUAUCCUGAUCCUGAUUGGUCUGAUAUCAGCAAAAAAAGGAAUAUCGGAAUAUAUCGGCCUGCAUCUAAAGUCUACGAUAUCAGCACUCUGAUACAAGCAGUCCAUUCCAGACUCAGUGCAGGGAUCCAGCAUGCAGAACCCACGUGAUCACGACAUCAGUGUGAACUACGGUACAAACAAAGUAGAGAGGAGUCGGAGUGAUGUCGGCCGUGCGGCAGUAUUUUUUGUCUAAUUCGGAAAAAGACGUUGCAGCUGAGUGCAAAUCUUGUCGUGCACAAUACAGACGGUAUUGUAUCGUAUCAGAAGUAAAAAGCUUGUGGUUGCAUGGUUCUGCAAAGUUUCACAGACUAAUAGAGAUAAACAUUGUGCCCUGACUCUUAACAUGUGUUAAAAACAUGCCUGAAAGUGUCUUCUCACUAAUUCUCAGAGAACUGAGGUUGUUGGUUUGUCUGUUUUCGCAGCAGCUGUGCAGAGAUGUUCUGAGUCAUUUAUCGGUGCAGCAGUACAAACCUUUGAGCUUUUUUUCCCCCAUGAGCGCUGCAGCCCGCGGCCUUUGCAGGGCAGCAGAGAUAUUUCAGAGGUUUCUGGACGCUCCGCGGGGACGAGCGAGCCGGCCUCUCUCUGUCUCUGCUGUCCUGUUUUUAGCUCCUGAACGUCUGCUGUGAUUUAUUCAGCCUCUCUGCUGCUUCUGCUGCUGCUGCUGCUGCUCAGGUGAGAGCUGCUGCACCAACAGGAUGAAUGAACGGCUGUCACACCUGCUCACUCUCUCUCUCACAUAUAUACAGGUUUAUUUAAGGCUGCCAGUGCUGCCCACUCUCUCUAAUAUAUGUGCUGAAAUUAACAGUGCAUGAACAUAGAAAUCAGGCUAACUCAGGUGUGCAGAAACCCAAUAAAAAUUAAGUCAAAGCAUCGUUUCCUAAUUCAGUCUGGACACAGAGGAGGAGGAAAGCCUGAUGUCUGACUGCAGCGCCCUCCUCGUCAUACAACAGUUCAGAGUCAGAGAGGAGCCGUCUGUAUUAAAUCCACACCUUUAUUCACUUUUCCACCUCCGAGGCAAAUAAAAACAUCUUUAUUACUUCCCUCUCAUCCCUCUCACUUCACUUUUCUUCCUCUCGCAGUCUCAGACUUUCCUCCUUCACCACUUUACUCCCAAUUCAGCGUUUAUUUUGGUCGCCCGCGGCAAGGUUACGGAUAAAAGGAUUAAGUUAUCGUCUACCAGUUUAACGUUCUUAAACUCAGGCUGACGGCCCCCCUGAAAAUUGACAAGAUGGAUGCUGGGGAAGCGCCAUUCAAUACACAUUAAAAUCAUUUCCCCUGGUUUAUUACACAGAGGGCUGCUGGAGUUUAAAGCCUCAAGAGUUCGGAGCUGAAAGACGGAGCACAGGUAGGAUGUCGUAAGAAAUAAACUGUUGUUGCAAUUAUAUAAUAUAUAGUAGGGCUGCACGAUUAAUUGAUUUUAAAAAGGAUUAUUUGAUUAUAAUGAUGUUAAAAACAUUAAAAUCAUCAAUUGAUUUUCCUCUCUAUCAUAGUAAACCACUCCCCGCUGCAAAGUCUGUCUGAAGGCGGUAUCAACCCGUCACCACGGAAACAAAUUCAGGAGGAAACGCAAAAGUUUUUUGUCGUAACAGCGUUUCAGGUGACUGUAAACGGUACUUUUUGAAAACAGGUCAGAGAGUGAAUAAAUCUGUAAACGACGACCAUUUCAUCUCCGUGUGGAUGUCUAUCUGCAUCUCUGGAAACGAUCAUGUGACACACAGCGUGACUCUUUUAUAGCGCCUGAGCGUGUCCGGACAAAACAACCUUAAUACGCAUUCUCUGUACUCUUCUUCUUUUUUGCAUUUCCUGUGCAGCGUUACAGCGCCACCUAAUGGCUUGGCAUAUGCACUACAUCGUUUUCAGUGGUUUCAUUUUGAGAGAUAAUAGGAAAAGUUUUUAUUAAAGUGAAGUUUGGUGAAGUUGUCACUGAAUAAAAAAAUCUGAAAUCGAGUUUUCAGAGAAAAAAAAAAAUCUGGAUUUUAUUUUUGUCCAAAAUCAUGCAGCCCUAUUAUAUAGCUAAUAAUAACAAACCUUCAUAAUUGAAGGUGUGGCUGAAGGAAGGGAGAAACCAUGUCUAACAUGAACUCGUAACACAAUAUCAUAUUGUUGGUAUGAAUCACACAUCGCUCACUUCCUCCUUUCACACAGGCCUGACCGAGUCUGUUCAAUCUCUGUACCAGAGUUCAGCGUGAGAACCGACUGUGUGUGUGUAAUCACUGAAGUAAACAAACAAACAGACACAAGUACACAAACAGAUAAACACACACACGCACACACACACACACACACACGCACGGCAGUCUCAUCAGCAGCAGUGAAUCUGCAGCCCCUCACCAACACCCACCCUGUUCCCAGCAGAUGUCAGUGUUACAUAAUGGCUCUCUGAUGUAACACACACACACACACACACACACACACACACUCUAAGCAUGUGUUCACAGACGAGGACAUGAAGAGAUUUUUCUGAUCUCUGGCACAAAUGUCGUGAGAGCACCUGUAAAUCUGAGGGACAGAAAAAAUCUACAGUUUUCACCUGAAUGAGACGCUUUUCAGAUUCUUCUGAAUCACAGAGGCCGUCAUGUUUUAACUGAUGAACAGAAAAAACAUUUAAAAAAUAAACUUAUGUGCUCAUUUUUUUUUUAUAAAUGCCUCACAGGAGCUUUAAUGUUUCUAGAUUCAUGAGAUGUGAUAAAAAUGGAGAUUCAAGUUACUGAUCAGCUGCAUGUUUCAGGUCCUUCAAUCAUAAGAGAAGUUUCUGCUCAGAGGUGAGGAUAUAUCAACACUGUCAUUGGGAUUAUUCAGGCAGACAUCUCAGUCUGACUCGACUGAAGUAGCUCUCUUCUAACAGGUGCAGUAAAACCUGCAGAGACUGAUUCAUGUGGAUUAAUUUAUGCUGUUAAAACGCAUCAAAUCUGGUUUGAAUAUUUUUUAAAAAGUGGAAAUCUUCUCAAAUUUCUGUCUGAACAAUCAAAAAAACUAAAUCUAAUAAUGAGAAAAUGAUCUUGUCUCUCUAUCUGCGGCAUAAUGGACAGAAAUCAUCUCAGAGCUGCUGCCGAACUCUUGACCAAUUUCUUCACCUAUUUUAUCUGGUAAAUCAAACACUUGAGUGUAAAGAAAGACCAAAAGUAGUGACCCAUAAAGACUAAAACUAAAAUACUUUCACUUUUUAUUGAUUGACACUAAAUUACCGAACAAAAUUAAUGGACUGAAAAAAGACUAAAACUAACAAGCACAUUCGACUAACAAGUCUGUAUCUAAAAGCUGCCAAAAUUACUCUGAUAUUUAAAACACAUAACAGCCUGAAAAUGAUGAGGAGGUUUGAUAUAAAUCCAGCGAAAUUUAGGUAAAAAAAAGGAUCUGUCAGACAACAAAGACCUUAUAUAUCGAGCCCGGGUUCACGGUUGGUUCACAGCAUCUCGUCUGUCUGCAGGACAGCAGUCAGUGCGCAGAUAACACACACACACACACACACACACACACACACACACACAGACGCACGAGUGUUACAGAGCUGUGUUUACCCCUGAGGCCUCGACAGAAACACACUCACACAGAACUUGUCAGUAGUACUUAAAAACCCGGCACCUCCAACAUGUCACUUCACAGGACUGAAGGGAAGCAGCUUUGAUUUUAGACUGAAGGGAAGAACUGAAAUAAACACGGAAGGAUAAAACCGUCUAGAACAUCAAGUCAGGAAGAGUCCAGAGACCGGUGCAUGUGCGAGACUGCAGAUACGAGCUGCUCGUGUGCACACACAGCUGAACCUAAGUGUUAUAAGAACUACAUGUCUUACUGAAAGAGUCCUCUAGAGGGCACACCGGAGAGAUCAGGCUGUGUGCAGUCCUUGGUUUCAUGAGACACUGCAGAGAUCACUGUUUUGUGAAAUAUUGGUCUGAGUCCCUGGCUUGGUUCCAUUCAGUUCCCGGUGUAAUCAGUAAGAAAUCUGUUGGUUCCACUGGGGAUUGAACCCAGGACCUUCUGCGUGUAAAGCAGACGUGAUGACCACUACACUAUAGAACCUCUUCCAUGGUUGUGUACAGAUGAUAGUGUUGCUGCUGUCACUACCCGAUACACAUCUCUAGAGAGAAAUGUAAAAGACAAUGGCAGGGCUUUUUGAGGAUCUUCAUAAAUUUAUCUAAUUGGUACGACUAGAGAAAACAAUUCUCCAGCCUCCAACUGUGAGGUAUUUAGUGGUCUGUCCGACCUCCGCCUCCUCUAAAGCUGCCUCUGUUUCUGGCUCCUAUGCAAAAUAUACAUUACCACUAGCUCCACCGCAGUCACCAGUUUUCUUUUUGUUUGUUGUUGUCAGAAACUUUUGAUACUGGCCUGCACCCUGGGUGAUGUAACAGUUGGCAUCCAUGCCGAUGUAAAGAACACAAGGAAGUAUGUGGACAAUUACGAAACCAUCAUUUGAAACAAUCGUGUACAUUUUCGUACAUAUGGCAGGUAUAAAUCUAAAGUCUGGACCAGUAUCUGGAAGAGCCUACACCUUUAGGAGUAAAAGAUAUCUGUUGGUUCCACUGGGGAUUGAACCCAGGACCUUCUGCGUGUAAAGCAGACGUGAUGACCACUACACUAUAGAACCUUUUCUGUGUUUGUUUACAGAUACUACUUCAGCUGUUUUUGCAAAGACUUUGUAUCAAAGGGACGUUUGGGUAAAGUCUGAUCAAAGUUGGGUUGAAUUAGCUCAGACAGUUUUUUUACCGUAUGUGUUGGCUUUCUGUGGAUAUCAAGACAUGGACAGAACUUCUAAGUCUGGACCAGUAUCUGGAAGGGCCUCUACCUUUAGGAGUAAAAGAUAUCUGUUGGUUCCACUGGGGAUUGAACCCAGGACCUUCUGCGUGUGAAGCAGACGUGAUGACCACUACACUAUAGAACCUUGUGUUGGGCUCAGUUUAUGGUCCUAAAUGUUGGGUUGAAUUAGCUCAUACAGUUUUGAGCCAAUAUGUUGGCCUUGUGUGGAUAUCAAGACAUGGACAGGUCUUCUAAGUCUGGACCAGUAUCUGGAGGGGCCUCCACCUUUAGGAGCAUAAGAUAUCUGUUGGUUCCACUGGGGAUUGAACCCAGGACCUUCUGCGUGUAAAGCAGACGUGAUGACCACUACACUAUAGAACCUCUCCACAGAUGCUAGCUCAGCUGGUUUUGCAAAGACUCUGUAUAGAAGGGACAUUUGGGUAAAGUCUGGUAGCAUUAGUUAAAACAGUUUUUUGGCUUUUUGUUAAUAUCAAGACAUGGUCUGUGGUUGGACAUGUAUCCCAAGUCUGGACCAGUAUCUAGAGUAUAAGAUGUCUGUUGGUUCCACUGGGGAUUGAACCCAGGACCUUCUGCGUGUAAAGCAGAUGUGAUGACCACUACACUAAAGAACCUUUUCUCCUUUUGUUUACAGAUACUACUUCAGCUGUUUUUUCAAAGACUUAGGGAAUAUUUGUGUAAAGUUGGAUAAAAGUUGGGUUGAAAUAGCUCAAAUUGUUAUUUUCUUCUACUACUUAUGAGGGCCUUCUGUGAAUAUUAAGAACUGGUCUGUGGUUUGACAGGUCUUCUAAGUCUGGACCAGUAUCUGGAGGGGCCUCCACUUAAUGGAGCAUAAAAUAUCUGUUGGUUCCACUGGGGAUUGAACCCAGGACCUUCUGCGUGUAAAGCAGACGUGAUGACCACUACACUAUAGAACCUAUCCACAGAUGCUAGCUCAGCUGGUUUUGCAAAGACUCUGUAUAAAAGGGACGUUUGGGUAAAGUCUGGUUGCAUUAGCUCAAACUGUUUUUUUACCGCAUUUGUUGCCCUUUUGUUGAUAUCAAGACAUGGUCUGUGGUUGGACAUGUAUCCCAAGUCUGGACCAGUAUCUAGAGUAUAAGAUGUCUGUUGGUUCCACUGGGGAUUGAACCCGGGACCUUCUGCGUGUGAAGCAGACGUGAUGACCACUACACUAUAGAACCUUGUGUUGGGGUUACUUGAUGGUCCUAAAUGUUGAGUUAAAUUAGCUCAUAGAUUUUUAAGCCAAUAUGUUGGCCUUCUGUGGAUAUCAAGACACGGUCUGUGGUUUGACAGGUCUUCUAUGUCUUGACCAGUAUCUGGAGGGGCCUCCACUUAAUGGAGUAUAAGAUAUCUGUUGGUUCCACUGGUUAUUGAACCCAGGACCUUCUGCGUGUAAAGCAGACGUGAUGACCACUACACUAUAGAACCUAGUGUUCGGGUCAGUUUAUGGUCCUAAAUGUCAGGGUGAAUUAGCUCAUGCAGUUUUUAGCCAAUAUGUUGGCCUUGUGUGGUUAUCAAGACAUGGACAGGUCUUCCAAGUCUGGACCAAUAUCUGGAAGGGCCUCCACCUUUAGGAGUAUAAGAUAUCUGUUGGUUCCACUGGGGAUUGAACCCAGGACCUUCUGCGUGUAAAGCAGACGUGAUGACCACUACACUAUAGAACCUUUUGUUUUGGUCAGUUUAUGGUCCUAAAUGUUGGGUUGAAUUAGCUCAUACAGUUUUUGACACAUAUGUUGGCCUUGUGUGGAUAACAAGACAUGGACAGAUCUUCUGAGUCUGGACCAGUAUCUGGAAGGGCCUCCACCUUUAGGAGCAUAAGAUAUCUGUUGGUUCCACUGGGGAUUGAACCCAGGACCUUCUGCGUGUAAAGCAGACGUGAUGACCACUACACUAUAGAACCUUGUGUUGGGGUUACUUUAUGGUCCUAAAUGUUGAGUUAAAUUAGCUCAUAGAUUUUUAAGCCAAUAUGUUGGCCUUCUGUGGAUAUCAAGACACGGUCUGUGGUUUGACAGGUCUUCUAAGUCUUGACCAGUAUCUGGAGGGGCCUCCACUUAAUGGAGUAUAAAAUAUCUGUUGGUUCCACUGGGGAUUGAACCCAGGACCUUCUGCAUGUAAAGCAGACGUGAUGACCACUACACUAUAGAACCUCACGUUUGUAUCAGUUCAUGGUCUUGAGAUAUCUUUUAUUCCCCCACAGUCGCUGGUACGAUGUCAAAAAUGUUGUCAGUAGUGGAUCCAGCUGAGAAGAAUGAUGAAUUUGGGUGUCAUUCUGAAGAUCUAGUUUUAAAGGUGGUUCUGAGCAUCAAGCAGCUUAAAGACAUUUCAUAAAUUUUUUCCUAAUUUCAUACCAUCACAGGGACCAUACUGUAUUUCCUUGGCCAUGUGCAAUGCUUUCUGUUCACGUUUGUGCAAGCAGCUUUGAGAGGAGCAUCCAUCGGGUCCAUAUGGAGGCCCUGAGGGUAAGAGGGGGAUAGCGAGCAUUUGUGAGGGUGUGUAUGUGAGAAGGAUUUGAGGAGGGCACACAGAAGGCUGAGCAGCAUGAUUCGGUCUCAAUAUGGAGUCCAACUGGAGCGUCACAUCGCAGAUUUAAUAUAUGCAACAAUGGGCAGCAUGGAGGAAUCAUAUAGCUUCUUCCUCAGUGCCUCCAUUGUUGUCUAGCAGCUGUUGUUCAAAUCAGAGCUUCAGGAGUCAGAGAUAAGGUAGUCCUCAGACCAUCAGACGCCGUUAAACUGUUUUAAAUAAAUUAACAUCCUCAACAAGGUUCAAACGACUCUCUUAUUUACAGACGUGGAUCAAAUCUGACUUCUUAUGUCUUCUCUGUGAUGAUUCUUGUUUUCUUCAGCAGCCAUGUUUAUGCUCCGUCCGUUACUUAAAGGCAGAGCAGGGACUUUUGGUGACCGCAGACACCUCCACGUUAGCGUGUGAAGGUAGGCAGGCUGGUGUGUUUGGUUGGCGGUGCUUCUCCAGCUCACAGAGCUCGUAAACACGGCGUGUGGAGCAGCUUCAGUUGCAGCAGCAGUGUGUCGGUUGCGUUUGGCUGCUGGUGAUAAGCUGCUGCUCUUUCAUGUGGCAGAAAACGUUAUUGUGGUUAGACAGGAAACAACUACUAAGAGCCCUUUGUGCAUGUUUUUAUUGCUCCCCUUUUGCCACAGGAGUGUAGAUGCACGGUUCUCUUCUGCCUUAUAAGACAAACUUCAUGUUUUCAACCCCAAAAACAAAUCAAAGGUGAAAACUUUGGGGUUAUUUUGAAUUUGAUGCCAGUAACACAUAAAAAAAAGGUUUGCAACGUGAGGUUGAAACGAAAGAGGAUUAGGGCCACUAGAGGAAAAUAAAGAUAAUUACAGGUUGGAUUUUUUCUUAAUUUACAUUUCGAGAUUAAAGUCGACAUUAAAAAAAGUCAAAAUUUCUUCUUUAUUCAUGGUGAUUUCAAUCUUGAAACUUUGACUUUAAUCUCAAAAUUUUAAUUAUUCUAAUCUUGAAGUUUCGACACUAUUCACAACAUUUUGUAAUCCUGAAAUUUCAACUUUAACUCAAAAUUUCAAUUUUUAAUGUUGAAAUUUCAACUUUAUUGUCAGUUUUUCUAUCUUGAAAUUCCGACUUUAAUCUCAAAAAUUACUUUGUUUUUUCUUCAUGUGGCCCUAAUCCUGUUUCGUAGGUUUAGGCCCAGUUUAUACAUACCCAGUUAUUUUUAAAAACUGAGACAUUAACCAUCGUUUGUACCCUUCGUUUUGAGCAAAUGGAGAACUCGCCCUUGAAAACGAUUAUUUAAAAAAAACUCAGGUCAGAGUGGAGAUUUUGGAAAACUCUGUUUGCAUGUAAACAGAGAAAAACUGAGAUUUGGGUAGCUGAUGGCAGAUUGUUCGCCGGAAAUUGAGUUAAAUGCGACGUUCUUUAUAAUCUAUAGUGAUUAUGGAUGCAUGCAGAAUAGCAGUCACAUUUAUGCUGGUGCAGUCCCAAGAAGGAAGUGACGUUGUUGUUGUUGCUGCUCUGCUGGUUUCUGAUUGGCUUGAGCUUCUCGCUAUACUGCCACCUACCGGUUUGGCAUGCCCUUGACAGCAUAUAUACACGGGUUAGUGUAAACAGCAACUUUUCUAAAAACGAUGUGGUGUGUACGCAGUUUUUUUUUUGUAAAUAGAGAGGGUGAAAUUUCUGUUUAUGAAAAUAGCCAGGUACGUGUAAACAUUGUCUGAGGCUCCAGUGAUGGUGACUGACGGCUCUGAACCCAGUCUCAGCUCGGCUCCAAUGAAAUUAUAAGACAGAUAUUUGGUUCCACUGGGGAUUGAACCCAGGACCUUCUGCGUGUAAAGCAGACGUGAUGACCACUACACUAUAGAACCUUGUGUUGGGGUUACUUUAUGGUCCUAAAUGUUGAGUUAAAUUAGCUCAUAGAUUUUUAAGCCAAUAUCUUGGCCUUCUGUGGAUAUCAAGACACGGGCUGUGUCCGAAAUGGCCUACUACUCCUACUACUCCUACUAAACCCGCCUCUGAAUUGAGUAGGCAGUGCGUUCACACUGUGCAGUAUGCGAAUUUUGUGUAUGCGAGAAAUGCCCGGAUGUAUACUCAAUCGGCUUCGAUUUCUGAGUGUGCAACGGAGCUUGCUUCACGUACUGCUUCUGCCCCACAAUGCAUUGCGCACCUCAGCUGGUAAUAUGGCCCUCCUUCCCGAGGCUGAAAAGAAAUAGAUGGCAUGUGAUUGCAAUAAUAUAUAUAUAUAGAUAAACAAUAUUUAGUCAGUAUACAUUACACAAUUUUUAUCAUUUUAUCAUAUUUUGAUCUUUUUACCAGAUUUAUUUGUAUUUUAAAUUAGGAUUAUAGGUAAUGUUUUUAACUAUUCGUAUAAAUUGACUUUAUUUAUUUUAGUGUCUAUUAAAGAUGUAUUUAUUACAUCAAGUUUGAGCAUCUUCUCAUCUCUGAAUGCAUCAUCAAAGUGGUCGCUCAUAUUAAGCACAGACCUCUGAUUAAUAAAAAUUAUUAUUGGUAGAGAGCACAUGGUUCAGAAUAUACAAACGGGGGAGUUUCCAGUUGACAAUCUAUGUGAGCUUUACUAAUUCUUACUUGUGGUUGAAAAUCUGAUGGUUUCUGAAAUCAUUGUACAUGAUAAGAAUGUAGUCGGGAAAUUAUGAAUUUGCCAAGGAAUAACCGAACGAGGUCAUAAUAAUUAUGUUGUGUGUUGGUCAUUUUGCAGCCCUCUGCUGCUCAUCACACGCCUAGCAGGUGGUGUAUAACAUUAUCACCAUGGAUACACAGAUGUUUGUGUGAUUUUUUUCAUCCACUGCCGCCCGGUUUGUGUCGUUUAGAUGUUGAUUAUGAAAACACUUUGCAAUAAUUUGGAAACAUGAAGGGGGAGCUGCUGCUGCCCGGUGUUUACUGUAAAUAGACGCCAACACCCACCAAGCGGACGCUUCGGUCUCCGAAAACGCCGAGACAAAUUUACAAACAGCCACUAUUUCAAACAACUGGGCUCAUAAUCGUGAUGUAAACACUUACUUUCUCGCUAGAAAAAUAUUAUUAUUGAAUGAAUUUAUAUAAUUUGUCCAGAAUGCAGUCGUUCUGUGUUGCUUGUGGUAGGACUAUUUAAAUUCUCCCGGCGCUGCGUCCGGCCGGCACGAAAUGCAUUCUGGGGUAUUUAGUAUGUAUGUGUGUAAACGCUCGGGCAGCCGCGGCAUACUCAAAUCAGCUUUGAGUAGUCAGUAGGCAGUAGCUACUGCUUGAGUAGGUAAGUAGAUAGUAGGCAGUAUGCCAUUUCGGACACAGCCAUGGUCUGUGGUUUGACAGGUCUUCUAAGUCUUGACCAGUAUCUGGAGGGGCCUCCACUUAAUGGAAUAUAAAAUAUCUGUUGGUUCCACUGGGGAUUGAACCCAGGACCUUCUGCGUGUAAAGCAGACGUGAUGACCACUACACUAUAGAACCUUGAGUUCAGGUCACUUUAUGGUCCUAAAUGUUGGGUUGAAUUAGCUCAUACAGUUUUUGACACAUAUGUUGGCCUUGUGUGGAUAUCAAGACAUGGACAGGUCUUCUAAGUCUGGACCGGUAUCUGUAAGGGCGUCCACCUUUAGGAGCAUAAGAUAUCUGUUGGUUCCACUGGGGAUUGAACCCAGGACCUUCUGCGUGUAAAGCAGACGUGAUGACCACUACACUAUAGAACCUUGAGUUCGGGUCACUUUAUGGUCCUUAAUGUUGAGUUAAAUUAGCUCAUAGAUUUUUAAGCCAAUAUGUUGGCCUUCUGUGGAUAUCAAGAAUAAGAUAGAACCUCUGAAAUGGGUCCAAUUAAUCCGGGUUCUAGGCUGGUCUGGGCCAAAACAAGUUCUCUGGACUGGGAUGGGACUGUGUUGGAUGAUAUGAAAUGAUGGACACUAAUUUGGAGAGGAUGUUUAAAUCCUCCUGUGUUGAGACUUAAAGGGAUAUUCUGGGACAGUGUAUUUGACCAUGGUGUAAAUUUACACUGGAGUAUCCCUUUAAUUUAACCCAUAAAUAGGACCCAAAAACACAGAAUAACAGUAAUUAAGACUGAAUUAAACAGACUCUCUAUUAAACUGAUUUCCGUCUGCUGCCUCUCUGCUCAGAUGCUGAUUAAAAACCUGAAGUGUUUUCACACGUCCUCGAUUUAAAGGAUGAAUUUGUGAUUUUAAAUCUGUUUAUCCACAGUCAGAUAUUUUUCUUUAUCUUUCUGGUGUUCAGAGAAUGAUUCUGUCACAGCGGCGGCGGUGGCGGCGGCGUUAUUGACUUCCUCCUGUCGUGUUAAAACAAGUCACCAAAAGUUCACUCACAUUUCAGUCUAAUCCUUAAAUCUCAUUUUAUCUGCACCAUCUUUAAUCCUCCUUUCAUUCGCCGCUGAAGGCGACUGAAGUCGGCGAGAGAAAGGAUGGCUCUUUUUUUUCUUUUUGUUUCCAGCUCCCCGACGCGCGGCGGUGAAAUGACUUUGGCGGCUGCAGCUAAUGCUCUAUAAUUGGUACGAGGAGCAACUUACGCUGAACAAUUAUAGGAUCCAGGAGCUGUAAUCUCUGCUGAGACUCUGAGGGAGGAGGACUCUCUCCGUCUUUGGUGUCGGCCUGCUGUGUUUUACAUCUUUAAAGCACUUCUCAGACACAUCAGGCAGCAGACUCCGGUUUCAGACGGCUCCGCUUGUACCGCUGCAGCCCCAAGGACUUUCCAGGACUGGUAGUCUUUGUGUUGUCAGUCAUAAGAAAGACAAGGUGUCAUUGAGUUGAGUGAGACCUGGCAGAGUCUGGGGUUUAGAUCAGGCUGUGAAAUCCUGGUCCUCCAUUUUUUACACAUAUCUCAGAGUUUAAUCGACUAAUGACUAAGUCCAGGUGUUAGACCUUGAAUUUACAGCCUCAUAGACAAGUCAGCAUCAGUGGAUACACCCCUGUGAUGGUCUGAAGUGGAACCAACAAUUUUAGCUCACGGUGCUCAAGCAUGUUAAUUAAGCGGCCCCGAGUCUGGGGCUCAGGGUGCAACGGCGUCUGAUUAUACCUCGGUGCAGAGGAGCUGCUGCGUGUCUGGGAGUGGUGAAGAACUGAAGCCUGGAAACUUGAGAGACUUGGAACAGGACGGCAAGUUCAGUCAGGACCGAAACUUAAAAUAUAUUUGGAUGUUCUGGGAGGAAAUGAGAAGGCAGGGGGAGCAGCAGCGAAGAGCUGGGGGGGAGGUGGUCUGCAAAGUGGUUUGAGCAGGAGGAGGCUGAAGCAGUUUUUGACGUUUGCCAGAUGGAUGUUAGGGCUGCAUGAUUAAUCGAUUUUAAGUUGUAAUCAGAUUAUUUGAUUAUGACGGUGUUAAGAAAAUUAAAAUCUUCAAACCGAUUUUCCUCUCUAUCAUGUCUCGUGCCUCCAGGCCACCGUAGGCUCCUCCCCCUUCCUGUGGAGCGCUUCCCAGUUCCCAAGUUUUUUGUCAUAUUGGUGUCUCAACGGCGUUUCAGGUGACUGUAAACGGUACUUUUUAAAAACGGGUCAAAGAGUGAAUAAAAACGACGACCAUUUCAUCUCCGUGUGGACGUCUAUCUCUGGAAACGAUCAUGUGACACACAGAGAAACUCUUUUAUGGCGCCAAAACAACCUUUAUACUCAUGCUCUGUACUCUUCUUCUGUCUCUUGUGCAUUUCCUGUGCAGCGUUACAGCGCCACUUACUGGCUUGGCAUAUGUACUACAUCGUUUUCAGUGGUUUGGUUUUGAGAGAUGAUAGAAAAACUUUUUAUUAAAGUGAAGUUUGAUGAAGUUGUCACUGAAUGAAAAAUCAAAAAUUAAAUUUUCUGAGAAAAAAAGAUCUGGAUUUUAUUUUUGGCCAGAAUCGUGCAGCUCUAGUGAACGCUAACGUGGAGUUAAGUUUGGCUGGAGUUUUGUCCUGACGUCCUAAACCAUCAGAAGUUUAACACGGAGAUCUGAAAGACGGACUCUAUAUGAUUAUAAUGAAACAGUCUCUUGAACACAACACUCUAUGAAGCUUCACUGUAGAUCAUGUCCACAGAGUGAGGUGACCCCACCCUCCCCGGAGCGUCGGCAGGUUGAACUGUGAGGUUCGAGAUCAGACCGUUGAGGAGCAGCCGCCGUGCGCCUCCCUCGCUUCUGAGAAGAUGUCAGGAAGUGCAGGCUCUGUGUGGUUGUAGAGGGAAACCUCUGAAGUUAUUUGAAACAAACAGAACAAAAAUAAAUCAAAAGGCUUUUUGAAAUCGAAAUAGAAAAAUGUGCAGCGGGAGUUGAAUGAAAUGACAAUGUCAUAUACGAAAAAAAAAAAACCCAAAAACUUUUCAUCAGUGAGUCUUUCCCCCCAGAAAAGAUCUGCUCCCCGUUCGUCUGCAGAGGGAUAAUGAAGUCUGCUAAUCCAACACGGUUUCAAAGAGGAGCAUCCUCAUUUUUCAACCUCAGCUCAAUUUUUUAAAAACAUAUUUUUGAGUCUAAAUGAGAAACAGGAAAUUAUGGAGACGAUCUAAUUGGCUGAAACACAGAGCAGAUUUCUGAUUCAUGUCGAUUGAUGUCUGAUUUCUCGCUCAAAUCUGCAAAUUUAACAAAGAUUUGAAUAUUUCAUUCACCUCUGGUCCGAUAAUAGUAUCUGCAUAAAGCUCAGACUUCAGGAAGUCUAUAAAGUAGGUUCGGGUCAGUCCUGCCUCAUGCAUCCAAAAGAAAAAAGUGUUUCUGACCGAAUUUAAAUGUCAUCUCCAUCGUAUUCAGAUUUGAAACAUACCUACAUCGAGCUGCUGGCAGAGACACAUAACAAAAGCAGACAGUUAACUGAAAAAUACAUGAGCGGGGAGCGUAUGUGCGUGAGUGAAGAGGCACAUGUGGGAGCAGAACCGAAGCCUGAAGAAGAUGAAACGGCGUAUUUGUGAUAAAGCUUUUCACUACAGCAGAAUUAAGGAGGAAAUAUUUGAGCUCAGCUGGAGACGCUUUUUCAGGCUGUGUCUUCACCCCGGGGAGCUCCUCCCUCUCCGUCCUCCAGGCUCUGCUCGUCUUGAACAAAUGUUUCUCCUCUCCAUCCAUCAGAGCCCCGCGGGACCGCUCGCCAUGUCGACUGCUUCUUCUUGUUAACAGCGGCGUCUUUCUCUGUCGCAGCGUCCGGCCCGGUCAAACCUGCAGCAAAGCAGCUCCCAAAGUGUCCCUCAUGUGUUUCCUUGUGUUGCAGCCUCCCGCUCGGCUCUGCUGAUGAAUUAUAGAGAGAGAGAAGGAUGACAGAGGCCCCGGCUCUGAGUGCAUGCUCAAUCUUUGAUUAGGUUAGGAAUGCAAUUGUCAACUGGGAGACGGAUCAAGAAAAAAACUCCUUCAGGAAACACAAAAGACAGAAAGUAAAUGCAGGAUUACGUCCUCUAUAGAGACGUACAUUUGAAGAGAAUCGCACAGAUAAUCGGAUAUAAACGCCUGUGAUGGAUGAAAAGUCUGCUUCAUGAUUUCUUACAAAAAUCCUAACUACAAGUUGGACUACUGGGGUCCUAACUGGGUCCUACCUCCUAAUUUCAGCCCUAAAAUCCGUCUCUCUGCAGACUGGACUGAUGGAAAAAAUGCUGAAACUGCAGAUACUUGAGUGUCCACUGAGUCCACGAAAACCCUUCAACUCCCACAUCAAACUGCCUUUACAGUCAGAUAAACAGCCUGGAACAAACAAUGGUUUUGGGUUGUUUGUAGCUGUUGUUCUUAGUCCUCGUUAGUUUGCGUACUCCAGUAUGGGCUUCCGGGCGACUGCUCGGUAUGUUCCUUUUUCACAGUUAUGCUCCACGUGAGAAUCAAUCUACAAGGUUUGGCAGUGACUGUCAAUCUGUCUCCUGGUUGGCCUGGUUACUUACCAAAACAAUCAACAAACAAGUCAGCAAGAGGCGAACGUCAUCCUCAUAUCUCUGUCUGACUAACCCCGAAUUUCCACCACAUCCUGAACGGCUGCGAAAAGGCCGUCGGCGUCGAUCGAAGCUGCUCGUUUAUAUUCAAGUUAAUGUGUCAAAUUCCACCGGCUUCUUUCCGUCCUCCUGCGGUUCAGCGAGUGUCGUAGCCGAUCGCCAGAGAGGAUAAAUUCAGCACAGAUUAGUCCACAAAAUAAAACAUCAGGCUUCUUUUCAAAAUAAAACACUCCGUGUUUCAGGAGGAUCGUAUUUCACAGCAUGUAAACGGGCGGAGACGCACAAGAGAAGUUUGUUUUAUUGUAUUUUUAAAAUCUAGUCGAUCGAUGAAGAAGAUGUCCUGAAUGAUGCUGAUCAACCAGAAACAGGACGGCACAGGAUGGAAAAUUCACCCUCAUUCAUCGCUGCUCCAAGCUUGAGUUCAGCUGCAGCUCCACUUUUAGUCAAGUCUCCCCUUCAUUAAGUCCCAUCAUGCAUUUGAAUCCCACCAUAUUUCUCCAUAAAGUGAAUUAACUUUGAGUCAAGUGUUGGUUUACUGUCUCAUCAUCUGAGCUCCGCCUGAAUCUGCUCCGUCUCUGCAGACCGACCGGCAGUCAGAGCCGUCUCCUCUCCUCACUGAAGCUCUGAAUAUUUCAGCAGUGAGCUGCAGGUUCUGGGUCAGUGUGUCAGUGUGUGAUCUGCUGUGACAGACUGUGGAAAACCAAAACAGGGGCAGAGAGGAGACAGACGAACCGAGAGGAGCAGCUCAUGAUCACAGAGACGCUGUCGUUUUAAUAUCGCAGACAGAUCCGGUGAUGGAGAUGGAGCCGCUCCGUUUCUCUCUGGAACUCAUCACCUUAUCUCUGCAUCAAACUAAAGACUCAAUGUCUGCACUCACAUUUGUUUCAAGUCAGCAUGCAAAGUUUUUCAUGAACCAGAUCGAGCCUUGACCUAAAAGUUACACCAACAAGAGGGUUAACUUCGAGUUCAGAUGGUCCAGAGUUUAAGGUCGGCACACCAAAGAAGAGUCGGUGCUUUGGCUGUUUUCCUGUCGAUGAGUUUGAAUCUGGUUUCAGCAGAAUGGAUUUGGACGUUUGUGUGCAUGAACUGGUAUCAUUUCUAAUUCUGCAGUUUUAUAGUUUACAUUUUGGUCAAAAAAACAAAAAACAAAGACAAGUAAACUAACCAUGGUGAGAAUAAAGGAUCGCAGAGAUGCAAAAACACCACAAAGAAACACAAAAGUACAGAGAGAUUCAAAAAAUGAUUCAAAGCAACGAAAAAACAUCUCACAGUGACGCAAAAAAACAAAGUAUUGCCUAAGCUGCCAGAACAUAACACCAAAACACCACAAAGAGGCACCGAGAAAUCCCAGCAUGGCGGUAAACUGCUGCCAAGAGAGUAAAAAAAAAACACAACGGUGACCUGAAACAACUUUGGAGGAGAACAAAAAGACCCAAAAAAAUGAGCCGCAGAUCCAAAAUUUCCAGCAAAAGUUCGAAAAAAUAAAAACCAUCUAAAAGACAGAAAACAACAUCAGGAGAGAAACAAAGGCGACAAAUCUAGAGGCAAAAACUAACACAACAUAUCACAAAAAUACCGUAAAAACAGACCGAGAAGGUCUUCGAGAGCUUUGAAAUGACCAACAAUGGUGCAAAACAAUAAAGGGAAGUAAACGGCAUAUAAAGGUUCGAAGAGUUAAGGAAUUACAGAAAAAAACCUCAAUGAGAAACAAACAAAAACAAAUAAAGAGGCAAUAAGAAGCUGACAGAGCAAACUGCACAAGAAAGACUCAUUAAUGAAGCUUUUCCUUAUUAUAGAAAAAUGUAAAGUUACAAUUUUUGGUGUCGAUGCUAGAAGUAUGAACAAUUUAAAAUCAAGAGGUUCAUCUUCUUAAAGAGACAGCAGCUAUAAAUGAAGCGUUUCAGACGGAGGCUAAAAUACAGAUAUUUUCACACCCCAGAGUGAGAAAUAGGAGGACUUUUAAAAUCCAAAAAUCAUGUAAAAUAUAUUAAAGAUGCAAAAGAAAAGAAGUUUAGAGUCUGAAAAAAGUUAAAUAUCCAGAGUGGAGAUGAAAUAUUACAGGGAUCUGUUUAUCAGUAAGAUAACAGCUCAAAAAAUUUUAAUAUAUUAGAGGAAAGAUUGAAAACAACAUAAAUGAGAUGUAAAGAAAUCAUAACAAAUGAAAAAUUCCAAAAUAAUUCUCAUUAAGUACAAAAAUGUUGUAGAAAAGCAACCAAAUAUAAAUAAAUAGUAACCGAAGCACUGGUGAAGAUAUUCAAGAGACCAAAAAUAUCAACAAUAUACAAACUUUUCAUAAAUAAAACAACCUCAGAGAAACAAAUCAGCCAAAGAGAAACAGAAAAUAUCCAAAGAAAAACCAAAACAAGCAACAACAAAACACAAAAAUACCAGAGUGUAUAAAACUACCAGAAAGAGACGCAAAAAAGACACAACAGAGAAACAAACUGACAGAAACAGAAACAGAGAAAAUUAAAGAGUUUAAAAAUGUUGUUUUUACAGAUUAUAGUUGAGUAAAGAUCGUAUAAACAUGUCUUUGGAUUCACUUCAUUUUCCUCUUUGACCUGACUGAUGAGAUGACCGUGUGUGUGUGUGUGUGUUUGUGCAGCACACACACGCACACACACACUCCUGCAGUUGAAAAGGGCAGAGCUAAUGAAUAUUCUCAUCUGGCCCAGAUUCUGUGAUGAAGUUGUAGGUGCUUGAAGACGUCCCCUAUUAUCACGUCUCUGAGAGAUGAAGUCUGUGUUUGUUUGCAGCAGGAUUAAUUCUGGGGGCAGUCAAAGGUCGCCGCAGAUAAACGACGCCGCUAACCAAACUUGGAAACACAGAGCGAGUCUUUUUCUGCUGAUGCUGUUUUUUUUUCGCUGCGGCCCCGAUAUCGAGUUUUUUCCAGGUCAGGGUUUAAUGAUGACUGAAAUCAACCCGAUCGUUAAUUUUUACCUUCUUCAACGUUUGCGAGCUCCUCACUCAGGUUUUCUCAGUAACGCCACGGUGCAGCUGGUCUGCUCCAUACCAGGAAGGAGAUGAGAUCAGGACGGUGUCGAGCGUUAUCUGACACCACGGCGAGGAGAUAGGAACGGUUUCAGCGAAGACAUUUGACAUCCUUAAAGACGUUUGUGAGAGUGCAUAUUUUCAGAAAAUAACUAUGAGACCUAUCUGCAGCUGGCUUUAUUAUGUUUGCACUAAAAUUGCAACAAUAUUUGAUCACAUGAUGCACUUAAACACUUCAGCGACAGUUAACUCCUUCAGUUCCAGGUUUAUUUAUUCAGUUUUCACUCAGUGCCACCAUUGGCCACAACAGAAAUUUCUGUAUCUUUCAGGACCCAGAGAAUAUCUUGUGCUUGGACUAGAAUUAAGUGCAAUAUCUCAAAAGAAAGGGAUGAUUCUCUUCUUUCACCAGAAAACAAAAAUGAGUCUCUGACCCACUCCUGUGUUUAGUUAUUGCCUUCUCAAUGCAGCGUGGUCAUCUCAUCUUGCCGAUCUUGAAGAAGAAACCCGGAAAAACACAUUUUUACGGAGGAGAGACUUUCAAGCAGAACUCUGAUCGUCUGUUUCAUUUCACUCCAAACUACUUUACCGGUGGCAUCAAGGUCCUCCCUCCUCGGACACCACUCUUCAUCCGAUUGUGAUAGGUCAGUUUGUGAUGGCCGGGAGGUAAACCGCACGGUCUGCUAGCGUCCUCCUAGCCGGGACUGUCGCUGAAUUCCAGCUCAGUCUCGCUCACCAGUACCAGCACCGGCGGCAAAACAACACGCCGGAAAAUUGUUGCUUUGAUUGUCUGCUGAUGAUGUGAAGGUCCAGUACCAGGAUCUCCACUGGAUUCAGAGACGGUAGCACCACGCCCAUGGGAGCUCAUGGGCCAAUACCAUAGACUGUAUAUAAGAUGGACGCCGUGGUUCCGCCUUCCGCCUGUAUACAGAUUUGAAGCCAAAAAGCUCUCGGUAAUUCCGGGUUUUUCUCCGCUUCCUUGAAACCAGAGCUGUGCAGUAGCGUUGUGCGCAUUCGGCCGUGCAGUCGCCGAGAGUCCCUGUGAUGACGCUCGGGUCAAACAGCGUAUUCCCCCGGAAGAGCUACGCAAUCCCUGAACGCCCAUAGGCUGUAUCAAGUGUCAAUCAUAGAAAACAUGAACCCCCUAAUAACUUUUAAAAACAGAGCUGCACAGAAAAAAAGGACCUGGGCACAAACCAGUCUUACUGUGACUACAUGUCAACAUCACAAGCAGGGGGGAGAAAAAUUUAUGUUCUGUGUAAUAAAUUUCUAAAGUUUGUCCACAGUCCCAUAAGCUUUGCUGGCGGAGGCGGGAUUUAUGACCUGUACUGCAGCCCACCAUCAGAGGGUGCUGUUCUCGGAGUGGCUUCACCCAGCGAGGAGGCAGACUCUGUCCAUCUUAUAUACAGUCUAUGGCCAAUAUCAUGAGCUCUUGUCUAAUGACUUCAUCAUUUUCCGACUCUCCUCAGAGAAAAAAACACUCCACAGCUAGGCUAAUUGGCACACUUGAUGGCUCACUCCUCACUGGUCAGUACUUGUUUUUGUUAUUGUAACAUGGUUAUGAUGUAUUUGUCGGCUUUUCUGCGUUUAGAACGACCCCAAACUUAGUCGCAUGUUGGGGAGGAGCGCCCUCUAGCGGAAAUCAAAAAAACAAAAAAAUCCGUCAAUGGCACUGAAUGAGUUAAAACACUUGUAUCUUCAGCUGUCGUUGGUCAGUGUCAAAAAAUGUGCAAAGAAACGCACAAGUGGAGCGAAAUGUCCGAUUCUCAAAAUAAAUGAUAUUCUGGUGUAAACACGACCGUAAAGUUCUGCAGCUCCCAGCAGUUUGCGCUCCAGUUGUGUCAUCUCUCUGCUGCGUGGAGCUGUGCUGUGCACUCUAAUCCUGACACUUUGUAGGAGUUUUUGAUGUGGUUCAAGUUUCCUGGUUUAAAAUAAAACCUCCUCCCUGGAUUGAGUCACUGAGAGCUGCCUUUGUGCUUCGUGAGUUUUCAUUAGACCGGUUUUAAAUUGGUGUACUCCUUUUGUAAAUCAGGUCCUGAGCAUUUUUAAAACAAAUUAGCUGAGCUGACGCUGAGCUCAGGAGGUAAACCUACAUGCAAUGACUCAUUAUAACAAGGUGCUGGUUCGGUUUGGCUCCAUUUGUCAAUAUGACCUGGAUACAAAAACACGCAAACAGGUACGAAUCGUUCUGUGGGGCCCUCAGGGGGACGGUUGUCAUGUGUUUGCAGGCGCUGAAAUAAAAAGGGGGGUGACUCGCAGAAGGUUACGUUGAUCCAUCAAGGUCAUUCCCGCUCCUUUAGCGUUUAAUAGAUUGUUUGAAGUCUUUUUCGGUUUCCAUCACGGCGUUUCUGGACAGUUUGAGGACAAGCUGCUGUCACUCACAAUCAUGGAGAUGAAGUUUUUUCUGCUGUUUCAACACAUCCUCCUUUUUGUCCUGCUCAGCUGGAGGUUAAAUGAUGAGUUUGAAGGGAUCUCUUCACUACAGAGUCAUUUUACAUUUACAGACUCAGUCUACCUGCAAAACCAAGACCAGGAUGAGUCGUUAAAAAGGCACCGGAUUCUGAGAUAGUUCUUCUGGUACUAAUAUGAACAUUUCCCUGGUCUCUUUUGUCCAAACAGACGUGUGUUUUUGGGGGAUAAAUACCUGAAGAAAAAACCUGCAGGGUCUGAGUCUGCUGGAAAUCCAGUUUUCAAGAAGUACCGUUUACAGUCAUCUGAAACGCCGUUAUGACGAGAAACUUUUGCGUUUACUCCUGGAUUAGUUUCCGUGGUGACGGGUUGAUACCGCCUUCAGACAGACUUUACAGCGGGGAGUGGUUUACUCUUCAUCUGAAACUGUGAAGUCGUACCAAUUCAACACGCUGACUCGCUCGGAAGUCAGUCGUGUUGAAUUGGUAUGACUUUGAUUUGACUAUUUAAUUUUUUUAACAUCGUCAUAAUCAUUACUACUAUUACGAUUAAAAAUCGAUCAAUCGUGCAGCCUGACUUCGAGUAAAAAACAAAAGAAAAAACUUUUCUUGAAAAACUUCUGAUGGCUGUGAGGGUGACUGUGUCUGUCUGCACGACACUGAUGAAACAUCCUGUCACUGCUUUGUGUGUGUGUGUUUAUGAGUGUGUGUGUGUGUGUGUGUGUGUGUGUGUGUGUGUUAUGAUGGCAGCCGACCAGAUGGCUGAUGGGAGGAGAUGUGACAGAAGAGGUGAACUUUACCGCAGAGGAAAAGUUCAAGGAUGUUUAAUACGGCGUUUUAAAAUCUGGUUUAAUACACUGAUUUGUUUCUGUUUCAGUCGCUCUGGAUGAGUGUUAACCCGACAAAUUCCCAUCAUGCAUCACAUCAUUGAAGUGACUCUGAGCUUCGAUAAAAAUUAAUUUACAGAGGACCCUCUUUGCAUUAUAUAAACCUUUGUCCAGCAGAUCUACUUCAGGUUCUAUUAAAGCGGUUAUUGUUGCAAAUGUUUGUAAGAUCUGAAGGUCUUGAAGUUUUGGUUCGUCACUUAAAAAUCAGUCAUUUACUCUCAAAAAUGUUUUUUUGUUUUCUUUUCCUGUGUUGCAGGUUUGUCCACGGCUGUAAAGAAGACCCACUCAUGUAAGUCGACUCCUUUUGACUCAGUUUUUUUGUCAAUUAAAGAGCAGAUAAUCUGGCCAAUGAGUGCAUGUUACUUGACUAACUGUAGGUGUCAUUCGGCCUCUCAGAGGUAAAUCCAGUCCAGAUCAGCCUCUCAGUUAUCUGCGGUUGUAUUUUUUUGUUUGAAGGAGGUGUCUGCAGCUUGUUCUGCUCUUUUCUCCGGUCAAAUAUGUCAGCGGCGUGACAUAUAUGCUGUAAAACCAUACCUGAACACAUUAUGGUAAUGGCUGACAAAAUAAGUAAAGUAAAGAUGAGGCGGAUGCGAACCGCUUCAGUGAGAGCGGACGGUCCAUCCCAAUGACGCCUAAAAGACCAUGUCAUCUGUAAAAGCAGUGACCCGAUCCUGAAACCACCAAAUCGGACCCCCUCAUCUCAUCGUUCCUGCUGUAGAAACCAUCGAUUCUGUUGUCAACACAAUUUAAAUCUUGAAUAUUAUAACUCCAGAGAUCUCGCAAGAUUAAACUCAACGGUAUUUCUCGUCGUCAUAGAAAUCUGUCUUGCGAGAUUUGUUAGCUAUCCAAAGUUCUGUUUGUGACCUGUGGGGGCAGUAAUGUGCCUUUGCUAUGUCAAGCCUGCAAGAAUGUAAAGAAGGAGAAGAAAAAGAGGAAGAGGAGGAGAAGGAGGGGAAGCAGCAAACAAAAAAAUACCAGUAUUACCUUUGAAGAUGCCCUCGCCACUUUCAAACCGUUUGUUUGGCAGCAGUUUGAGUACCCGGCUACAAAGUCGACUGAAUGUAGGAUGUCGUGUUCGUCAGUUUUUUAAGCAGAUACAUCUUGGGAACACUGGAUCUUAAUUCUGCUUUUAUAACGUUUGAGAACAGACUCUGUAAACAGUUAGAGAAAAGGCAGUCUCAGCUGAAUGUGAAGUUUUAAAUCUAGUUUCCGUGCUCUUGUGGAGCGCUGAAAGUUUAUUUUUCCGCAUUAGAAUAGAGAGAAUAGGCUGAACGUUACUGUGAAACAUGUAAGACUUACGAGUGUGCAGGAUAAAUGGGAAUAAAUGUGUGACGGGGACCGCUGCCAGAGCUGCGUCUCUCUCAUUAGAGCUGAUAAGGAUGGAUAAUGAAUGUGAGAUCCUCCUGCUGCCGACGGAGCGUGGGAUGAUCGGAGGGAGAAGUGCCGAUCCUUCAGGCAACAACUCGUAACGUGCUGCUGUAAAUCUAUCGACGGGCUGCGAUGGGGGGGGAGGCGGACGAGCCUUUCCAAGCGUAAACCGUCCCCCUGUUCUGCCGAUUUGUAGGAAGAAUGAAGCUCCUGCUGCUCCUCGGUUUGCUCUCUCUGCUGGCAGGAGUCGCUCUCGCCUGCAGGCCUCUCGUCUAAGAUUUACUUUACCGGCUGUUUUCAUGCGGCUCACUCGUUUCUGGAAGAUGCAGUUCAGGCAGGAGGAGAUUUACCGCAGCAGACGUUUGGAGAAGCGGCGUGCUCGCUGUAGCUGCUGGUCAUUCCUGUAAGAGUUGAGAAAAUACAUGAGCGGAAGAGGGAAUUACCUUCAGUAUAUUCAGGGUUAUGAAACGAACCUUCAGUAUUUGAUAUGAUAUUGUAGUGUGGACAAAAUCAGCUACACAAAUGGAACAGUGUGGCAACUAACUCUAAAAUCCACUCGCUUCGUUAGACCAGCACUUUUCAGUCAGGCCUAGGGCUGGGUGAUACAGCCUCAAAUCAAUAUCAUGAUCUCAUUCUCACUAUGUUUGCAUUCCUAAUAUCUGGACAAACUGUUAAUUUUAUUUUUCCAUGAUCAUAGAUUUGACUUGACAUUAGCAAUUUAUUUUAAAAAAAAUGAUACUUGGUAAAUGUGACGAUACAAUAUAUCUCCAAACAACUUUUUUUUAUUUAUUUUUUCGACACAGAAAAAUACCGUUAUGGGCGAAAUGACGUUGAUUUUUUUCGUAAAUUUCUGUAUCUGUAAAGUUUCGGUUUGUUGUCCAGCCCUACUUGGUUCCACUAGAUGUUUGUUUCUGCGACAUUUAGGAGCUUUUCUGCCCAACAGAGAAGAUCUGUGUGUUCUCAGAGAGUGUCUAGAUUCAACUUCUCAAAAACAUGUGAGGAAUUAUGGGUAAAUUUGAGUGAAAAGAGGCUGUUUCUGUGAUGAGUUUAACAAUAAACAGCCGAUCUGAAAGUUCGACAAGUUUAUUUUCAGUCAGCAUUUAUUUGAUUCAAUGCCAAAGAAUCCUCUUAUCUUUAUUAUUUUCAAAACACUUAAAAUCUGUUUUAAAUUAACUUUUUUUUUCUGUAUACAUACAAGACAAAGCCGUCUCUGCUUACUUUAUAAGUAUAAAACAGCCGAUCUCGUCACUGAUGGUCUCGUUUGCUUUUCUAAGUCGUUAAAAAAGUAAUAGCUUGACGGUUGUGAAGGUCAAAAAUCUCCCCACAGGAGCUUUAAAAUUUAGUCCUGAAGAGAUGGACUUAUAAUAAACUUACUGUACUGUACUGUAUUUGUUGGUAUUUUGUUUUCUUUGUGCUGAAGCGCCCACGUUUUUAUCUUUACAUUUGUUUUGCUGGGAGGAUGAAGCGUCUGAUGUGACGGGUUUCUGCUGAAGUUUUAUUUUCGCUGUGGUUUGACGUGUUAUCUUCCUCUUUGGUCGCUUUCUCUUGUUUGUGUUUUUCGCUCCUCUUCUCAGUAUCGAACCUCUUGACUUCCUCUCCUUUUCAACUCUUUUUUUUAAUAAACCACAGUCAUGAACAGAGGCGUCAGAGACAGUGUGCUGUUUGAUGUUGAGCGAAGAAACAAACUCAAUCUAAAAAUCUUUGUUCAAGUGCCUAAAUGAGGAUUUUAAACUUUGGUACAAAAAAAGGGAUAGAUUAGAUAGUUGUAAAAAAAAGAGACAUAAAAAUGAAUAAAUUUUCAAUAUUAAAAAAACUCAAAUUCGCACCAAAGUUCAGUCUCAGGAUAUUUUUUUUCACACAUUAACACACAGGGACUCUAUCAUAGCUUUAUCACCUCCCCUCUUGUCUUAUUGGCUGACAGCUGUGUCAGUCAGAGGGGUGGGCGGGGCAGAGUGGUGACAUCACAGUCACAUGGAUCCUCAUGAGGUGUGGAGAGUAUAGAGGCUGUCAGAGCAGAGAGAGAGCUCCCGCUAAUCACACACACUCUCACUCACUCACACUCACAGAGGAUUCAGCUGUUUGUGUCUCUUAUUCUCUCGGUUUGGAUUAUAAUUAUGUAUUUUGUCAUUUCUGCCAUGAAAGGUAAGAAUUUAAUUAUCAUUUAAUUAUAACUGAACUGAUUUUUGCAUGUUUUAAUGUUUUUUUUAAUUAAUCACCUUUUUGUUUUAGUGUUGCUCGAGUUUUAUCAAAGAUGUUUUAACUAAGAAGAUGCUCUACUCUGUCUCUUCUUACCUGCUGCUUCUUCUUCUUGUUGCUUCAAAUGUUGAUUACAUAGUAUUGUGUUUUAUGAAGCGCUUAUUUUCCAUUUUAUACUCCUUUUUUGCACUUUAGGCCUCCUUGUUUGAUGAUUAAGUUGCAAAAAAUUUAAUUUGCAUCUUUACAAAAAUUGAAAACAUUCACUUUUAAACGAUUAUUGAGAAAAAACUCAAAUAAAUUGUUUUAAUGCAAAAAUAAACUAGAUUAUCAGUGCUCUGCCUUGACUCAAUAAUCCAGUUUUACGCAGCCUAUCAUGAUUAAAAACAGUAUUGAACAUCUAAAGUAUAUUUUAAGCAGUGUUACUACUGUAUUUCUACUUUUACUGUAAAAGCUUGUAAGAAAAUAACCAUUUGUGUUGAUUUUGGCGCCCUCUGUGGACAGAAAGACACAUUUCAUCUCUUUGCAGGUGGUUUUAUUUUCCAGAAAACCUUUUUAUCUUCUAUUUUAAUAAGAAAAAACAUCCUUGUCCGUCUUUGUCUGCAGCUUGAGCGCGUUCACAAACGGACAUGCAGCUGUUUGAGGCUUUCAGAGAGAUUAAAUGGAGCUCUAAGCCGAUGCUCCGGUUUGUUUUGGAGUGUAUUAAAAGGCUGAAUGUGUUGUUGUGUUUGCCAUCACCAUCACCGGCUGAGUAAGCUGUCUUAAAGUGAUAUAAGAGCCAGUGGAGGAUGUGUGUGUGUGUUUGUGCGUGUGGUGAUGAGGAUGUGGUUUCAUGGUGAGAGUAAUGUGACAUUUUGAGUCAAUAAAUACAGAAGAGUACGGCGGUGACGAUAAAAAAACAGCAGAGACUUAAAUGUUUGAAGGAGGGAGAUCCUCAGUGACGCUCAUUUAACACACACACACACACACGCACGCACACGCACACACACACACACACACACACACACACACACACACACACACACAGGAAGUGAUGAAUUACCUCAACAAUGCCUCUAAAAUGCAGGGAAAUUUUUUAAUUUAAAUAAUAGGUGCAUCGAUUUUUUUUUUUUUGCUGAUAUCCUGUAGGUCGCUGUUUUCAAACUCAUUUUAAAAAACUCUAAUACUGACACUUAAAAGAAAAUAUUCAAGAUUCAUUUAAACCCCGAAAACAACAUCUCCUGGCUACUAAUCAGUUCAACAUUUAUGCUUUUCAAAUCAUAAUUUUGUUUUCAUCCAGAUCCACCACCGACAAUCUGCAGGAAGUAGCUUGAACUCCAAAAUAAAAGCCAAAGACAGAGAAAACAUAUCAAAAUAAAAGCAUGACAAUCAUUUAAAGUAAUGCCUUCAUACAAGUUUAAGUCACACAGCUGUUAAUGUUAAUAAAUCACAAAUCUGAAACUCAUAAGAAAGAUACAGGGUUCCUACGCAAGUAUGGAAGAGUAUGUAAAUAAAUUUGAUCAAUUUCCAGGUCUUAAAAAGUAUGAAAGAUGAAAAAUAAAGUAUGGAAAUAUAUUUAUUUUUCCAGACUAUUAACACAGUUCUAAAAUACUGUUUUCUAAAAUAGAAAGUAGGUAUUUCCAGAAAUAAUUCUAAGAGUAAGGGAAGGAAAAGUAUGGAAAUUCCAACUGUGUAGGAACCCGGACCUAUAUGGUUUCAGGACAGACAGACUUGCAGUAGACAGACUUUAGACAUUUAGACGCACUUUAACCCGUUAUUUGAUAACUAUUUAUUUCAAAAAGCAACUGUGAGUUGCAUAAUUGAUCUCCAAGUACUUAACCAAAAUAAUUAUGAUACCUGUUGAGUGACAUAUAUAGUGUUGUAUAGUACAGCUGGCUAGUCUAAACUUGGUCUAAAUUUAGACGUCUAAAAAACUUUCAUUUUUAGACCUGUGGUUGCCUGAUUUUAAACCAGUCAUCUCAGCUACAUUUUGGUCUACAUAGACCAAAAAAUGCUCAGUGGGAUGGUUUCGUUGCCUUCUGUUUGAACCUUCAGAACCUUCAGUUCUGCUUCAGAGACAUGAAUCCAGCUCACACCGCCCCCUGUUGGUUUAAAGGAGUCUUCUGUAAGCUUUGUUGUGGCUGUUGUCCUAAAAAGUAAUUAAUUUUAAGCACAUUUUUUGUAAAUCCCCGACCUAACUCCACCAAACAAAAAGAAAAACAGCUUUUAUUGUUAAGAAUAAAAGAUUUUCAUUAUUGCACACGUGAUAAAAUAUAAUAAAAUCUCUGGAAAAGGGCGACGUUGAGAAAGUUUUUUAAUUUAUAAUAUUAAAUUUAUAUACAUAAUAUAUAUGUGAGCGACUUCUCUUCUUCUUCUGUUUUUGAUCUGCUCUGAUUGGAGGUUGAGCUCCCCCUGCUGUUGAAAGUGUUGAUAGACAGAGAUCUGUAUUUACUGCACUCCUUUUCUAACCCUAAAACACCGACUCACAGUGCAAACCCGUGUUAACUCCAUUAUUAAUGCUUUUUAUGGUGAGUAAACGAAUUCCCAAAAUGCACCUCUCUUUAAUGGCGCUCAUUAUUAAUUUAGAAAUGGUGUUAGGGUCGUGUUUCUCCUGAAGGAAGCAACUUUUCAUUCUUACAAACUGCUCUUAUCUGGAUUUUCCAAGCUUUGUGUGUGUGUGUGUUUGUGAGUGUGUGUGUGUGUGUGUGUGUGUGUGUGUGUGUGUGUGUUAAAUCGGUCUUGUCCAGAUUCACAGUCUGUGAAAAAGCGCUGCAGGAGGCGUUUAGCCAGCCUGUUAUGUCAGAGGAUUACAACAGCCGGCAGAUUAUUUAACUGUUCUCUGCGGGGACGAGUGACAUCAUUUGUACCUCAGCUGCUAACACACACACACGCACACAGACACACACACACGGACACACAAGGAAACAGCUGAAAAUGACGUGCAGCAGUUUAACAAGUCUGAUUUCCUCAUGAAAACACAGAAUCCGUCUCUCUUCUCACAUAAACUCAGCUGCACAUUUUCACCUCGUUGAUUUAUCUCAACAAUCUGAUUUGAUGGCGGUCCAGAUGAGUGACAGAUUGAGGGUUUUGGAAGCGAGACAGACCUCCUAACCAGAGCAGGAGGAGACGGGCGGUGGUGGACCGGUCAGCCCAGCGGGAAGAGCUGAAAGGUGGGAUGCAGGUCAGGAGGGCGGGCAGAAGGCUGUCCUCCAGUCAGUGACCAAGCAGUAACCUUCAGAGAUGUCAGAGUCCAAAGAGUCCACCAUGAUGAAUCUGAGUUACGCAUAACUCUGCGUGAUGAGGGGCGGGGCUAUUAGAUUGAUGGUUAGUUGUGUUUAGUUAGGCUUUGGUAUCCUAGCAACACAUUCUAGCUCCACCUCCAGGAUCCCAAGGUGCUCCCAGGCCAGGUGAGGUGUCUAAUCCCUCUAGGGAGCUCCAGGUCUCUCCUCACAGGUGGACAGACCUGUAGCCCGAGAAUCCCACUGGAUCUGGAACGGCUCCGCUCCGGACUGGCAGACGGAUCAAAUACGCAAGCAUACAUCGUCCACCUCCGCCAUCGGAGGAGAAGCGCUUGCGAGAUUACAGAUAUUUCUCAUGAGACUGGACGAGAGCUCCCUGUGAGACUUUGAAUGAGAUGUAAACACCCACAUCCCACAACUCUGGCCCCUCCCAUUAUCACAUGAAGAACACUUCAACAAAUCGACUUUAUUUAAUUUUGAAAAUUAACCGGAUAUUUUCCUCUGUAGCCGUAAACAACUUCCGCUGCUACUCGUGUUGCGCUGCACUGAAUUGAUGCACUGUGUUGAAAAGAAGCCUUGUGUAUCUGAUCCGGCCUCCGGAGCCGAGCCUUAGUGAGGCGGAUGGAUUGUGUGGAAUGAUGCACUUUGAUUUUAAUGCUAGCGUAUUUGAUCCGCCUGCCAUGUUGGAUCGGAGAGCAGCUGUUCCGGAUCCUGUGGGUUUUAGCCGUAACACCUCUAAAGGAAGGCGUCCAGGAGGGAUCUUUACCUGAUGUCCUGAACACCUCACCUGAUUCCUUUCAAUGAAAAGACUCGACUCUAAGAUCCCUCAGACCCCUUCAAUCUUGUAUCCUGGAUCUCAUCCUUUUGGUUGCAACCCAAACCUCAUGGCCAAAGCUUCACCAUCCACCAGUCCCAUGACCCUGAGGUACUUGAACUCCGUCACUCAGGGGGAAGACUCACUCCCCACCCUGAGAAAGCAGUCCAUCUAUUUCUGGGAGAGAACCACGGCCUCAAUUUAGAGGUCUGAGCUGCUUCAUCACAUCCAGUAUCUGCCGGGGGUCCCAGCUUUCCGCGAACACGACCUCAUCAUCUGCAAAAACGCUGAGAUGAGACUCUGAGGCUCUGAAACUGUUGACCUUCAUGACGAGGGGCGAAGACUCAAAAAUUCCUCUUCAGAAACCAAUAAAUGAUAAAAAGUGGGUGUUACUUUUUACACAGCUUCGCAGUCAUCUGAGGCGAGCCAUUGUCACGCUCAUUAACUAUACAGCAGAUGAACAGCCCCAGGUUCCAGUAUCAAUUAGGACUCAGAUCCAGCUCAUACUGGUCUUUAUUUUUAAGAGAGUCACCAGAGCAGCGUUGAGAACAAACAGCGACACUGUUUUCUGAUGUUUUUGUAUUUGGUGAUUAAAAAAAAAUGAAGACUUUCGUUUACGACCACAAGAACACUGACGAGAGACUUUCUGAGACAAACUGAGUCAACCAAGAAGGGUUGAAGGUCCGAGGAUGUGAAAAAGGGACUUUCCAGGUGGGGGAAAUUACAGGUGGACGUGUCCCGGCAAGAGCUGCCAGAGGAGGGCACGUCAAGACCACAAUGACAAAAAAAAAAAGAAUAAAAUAACAUUUUCGGGUCCUGGAGGAACUUUUUUAUGACUUUUUUGUCAAAAUAACCAGAAAAAAUUUGUGUAAAAUGUUGCAAACAUGACAGAUUUGCACAUCAGCUGAUUUUUACACUUUUACACUCAAACAAAGAAGAAAAAUAACAUCCAAAUCUGAUAGAAGCUUCUGAAUAACAUUUACUUUUCUUUCUUAGAGGUUUUAUUUUGAAAGAGAAAACCUUUUCCUCCUCUGAGUGGAAGGAAAAAACAAUUAAACCACCUGAACUAAAUCUUCUCCAAAGAAGAAAACGAGGUUGGAGUUUUACAUUUCCAAACCUUGACAUAUUUCAAAGCUGCGUGGCGGCGGCGGUUCUUCGUCCCUCCUCUCUGCUCCCUCUUUGAUCCCGCGGCUGAAAAACUUUGUUUAGUUUUAAUUCGGGUUUCAGAUAAUUUAUCCAUCUGGGACUUUGUUCGGCUUGAGUAUCUUUAGCACUUUUGGAGUAAACACUCGACGGCUCUCGUGUAGUUCUUGCAGCUCAUUAGCCUUGACGUAGCGCCGCUGUACGGCUAAUUACACAUUAUACAACGACCGCCAUACAGCGAGCAUCUGCGGAGUCCAGAGGGAAAACACAGGCAGGUUCAAGCGUUCAUGUGCAGCUCUGGGUUUAAUGAAUUUAUACACAAAAUAAGAUUUUUUUAAUCCCCGCACAGUCAGUGCAGAAACGGGGCUUUCCCCGUCUGUUCACCGAGCUGCAGAAGACCAAAAUAUAGAGAUGUUUUUUUUUAAAGAUGAACCACAACUUUUCUCUUGAAGAUCUCCAAGAUUAAGAGAAGUCAGGGGUUUUACACUCUGUCAGAGAAACUGCUCUCUAAGGGGAUUUCCAGCGUGUGCAUGCAUGGACCAUAUUCAAUAUAUGUUAAGAUCUGAAGGACUCAAAGGUGUAAAAAAUGUUGGAUCUUCUCAAGUUUGAGCUGCAAAAAUUUACAGUGCAACAAAACUUUAGUAUCAGAAUGAAAGCUGCAAACUUCCUUUUCACCUUUCUGCAGAUUUUUGUUGCAGAAGCAGCAACUCAACCUUUAAAUAUAUUUGAGUCUUCAAAUCAAACCAAGUCAUAGACGAGACCCAUUAGGUAGGGCUGCACGAUUUUGGCCAAAAAUAAAACCCUAAUUUUUUUUCUCUAAAAAAUCGAUUUUCGAUUUUGAUUUUUUUAUUCAGUGACAAUUUCAUCAAACUUCCCCUUAAAAUUAAAGUUUUUCUAUCAUCUCAAAACUAAAACACUGAAAACGCUAUAAUGCAUAUGCCAAACCAGUAAGUGGCGCUGUAACUCUGCACAGGAAACGCACAAAAGACAGAAGAAGAGUACAGAGCGUGUGUAUAAAGUUUGUUUUGGCGCCAUAAAAGAGUUACUCUGUGUGUCACAUGAUCGUUUCCAGAGAUGCAGAUAGACAUCCACACGGAGAUGAAAUGGUCGUUGUUUACAGAUUUAUUCACUCUCUGACCCGUUUUCAAAAAGUACAGUCACCCUACACGCUGUUUCCGAUAAAAAACUUUAGCGCUUCCUCCUGAAUUUGUUUCCAUGGUGACGGGUUGAUACCGCCUUCAGACAGACUUUACAGUGGGGAGAGGUUUACUCUUCAUCUGAAACUGUGAAGUCGUACCAAUUCAACACGACUGACUCGCUCUUGUCCUAUUUAACCAUGAAAUUAUCGCCUUCUUUUGCAAACGCCAUGUUUGUUUACACUGGUGUGUGUGGGAACUGGGGAGCCUACGGUGGCCUGGAGGCGCGAGACCUGAUAGAGAGGAAAAAUAGAUUUGACAAUUUUAAUUAUCUUUAACAUCGUCAUGAUCAAGUAAUCAGAUUAUGAUUUAAAAUCGAUUGUGUAGCCCUACCAUGAAGUAUUUACACUUCUCAGAACCUCGUUCAUGAGUGACGUUUGGUUCUGGAUUUCUUCACACACACAGGAGUUGCUGGUCUGAUUCUGUGCUCUACAUUACGGUUCAUACUGGUUGGUUGUCGGUCUGCUCAGUUGCUUCAUUUCUAACGUUCUGCAGAAAAACAGAAUGAGUAAAUAUGUGAGAACACACAGAGACCUUCAGAUUGAAGAUUAGCGUCCACCUGCUGGAGAUGUGACUAAGCGAAACCACCAACUGUGGCUGAUGAACAAGCUGCUGCUCCGUCUGAGAGAGAGUGUUAGUGAUCCAUGUGUGCCGCCAUAUGUCGGCCGUUAUUACAUCUUCUCUGAGAUUAGAUCUGGAGUCUGGAUUUAAGAAAGGAGCCUGCAGUGACUCACAGAGAAGAAGCAUCCUCAACAACGUCUUUCUCUGAGGCUCGGGUAGAUCAGGUUGAUAAAAACGUACCUGGUUGGCAGCAGGUGUAAACAGCUCGUAUCUUCAUUCGACUUAUCUAAGAUGUCAGUGUUCGCAGCACACAGGGUUAGUUUGCUCCACAGCUCCUCCUGUCAGCCUGAAGGGGACAUGAAAAACAAAGCAGAUGUUUGUGUAGCAGCUGGCUGAGUGUAUAAAUAUCUGCCGCUCUCACAUUGGCUCUAAUUCCAGGCGGUGGCUUUGUUGAACGCAGCCUUUGAUGUUGAAAUGUAGAAUUCAGACGGGAUUAACGCUCAGAGAGCUAAUUACUGCAGAGAGGAAGCUUCAGCACACACACUCCUCUUCUAUACCAGCGAGUGUGUGAGUGUGUGGGGGUUCUGGUUUCAUUAGUGUGUGUGUAUCAUUAGAUUUUUCAGUAGUGGUUGUUGUUGUUGACUCUGGUUUAUUCGUGCAGAAAGAUCUGGAAUACCUUCUUCUAAUUCUCGAUCCAUGUUUUAUCACAGUCCUUUUUUCAGUUCAAUGAACUUCAUCCACACAAAAAGCACAUAAUAUAAAAACAACGUACAGUGUGAGUUUUGGCGCCCCCUCUGGACAAACAUGGUUCCUAUGAUCCGUCAUUUACUGUAAAUAUCUGCAGUGAGAUUCAGGUUAAUUUCUAAAAGCAUAAAAACUCAGUCCUGAACAAAAUAUUUGGAUAUAGAAGCGGUUCAGGUAGAUCAUAAUCGUGUUGUAAGAAGAGCUUCAAGAUGCAAAAAGAUGCUCUUGCUGUCAAGGUCGGAUGCAGCGAGACGUCAUUUUAAAUUUCUUCAAAUAUCCUGAAGGUUACGGGACAAAAAAGUCAGUCAAGAAUUUCACCUGUGCUGAGCAGGAGGAUCUGCCGAGCUGUCCGAUUCUUGACCCGAAUUAAGGCCGGCCCUCCAGGAGAAAAACAUCGCUCUUUUGGACCACCCUGUGUGUCCCCCUGAUCUAAAUCCCACCGAGACGUCAGUCCAGUCCAGAUCGUAGAUGCCCUCCGUGAAGCCAUCUUCACCACAUGGAGCAACGUUCCCACGAGCCCCCUGGAAACACUCGCAGCAAUCACGCCUAAACGAAUCGCUGAAGUGAUCAACAAGAACAGUGGGACUACUCAUGACUGUUUUUUUGGGGGGGGAUACGAUCUUAAACUUUUGAUCAGCUGAUGAGCAGCAUGUUUGAGUUUAAAUAUCACUAAAUUACCUCCUCUCUAUUUUUUUGUCUCUCGCUCCUGUUUCUUUCUUUUUGUUUUUGGAGCUCGACUUAUAACCUGGUUAAGAUCCACUAGUGUAGAAUCCGAAUACUUGUCCGGUCUUAAGGUAUUAUUUAGGGGUAUUUUGUGGAGAGACACAAACUCUUUUGUUGUUUCUCGAUUAGAAUAAAUCUUGAAACACCUUUCUUGAAGGUGUCUGAUUAUCCUUUAGCUCGUUAGCGGCUGCUCCAGUUUUUUCCUCAAAGAAGCCCCGACUGUCCCCACUAUGACCCUUUACUCACAUCAUACUACUGUAUACUUAUUUUAGGCACACUCUCAGUAUUUUAUACCUCUCAUUAUCUGUUACUCUUUUUUAGUAUGGUGUCCCUCAGGGGUCAGUUCUUGAACCCAUUCAGUUUUUCCUGCACCUGCUCCUCUUGGCUAAUAUGAUCCAUAAACAUGCUGUUAACUUCGAUUCGUAUGCAGAUGACACUCAGAUCCACUUUCCACUUCAGGGACGCUCAUAUAAAAAACUGGGUUUUGUGAAAUUAUUUGCAGGUUAACUCAAAUGAAACUGAGACGAGAAACUGAGAUGACUUAUGGUGUGCUGCUAAACUCGAUAAUCACCCAGUAACUUGAAUCCAAAUAUUUGCAUUUCCUCUCAACCGCUAACCCAAACAGACCUGUCCUCUAGUGAUAGUAAAAGCAUCUUAUUACGUCGAGUUUUUAAACAACUACUUAUGGAAAGUGAAAUAACAAAUCCUUUGUCUCUGUGGAGGGAAACUGUAGUGGAAACACUUUUGACUUCUCACCCGUUUGUUGUGUUUUGUUGUGCGUAUUUUCUCACGCUAAUCCCAGUUUCAGAGAAAAGUGUGGUAACCACAUGAAACACACGCAGGUUUGUGGGUGUCCUGUUCACUCGUUGUUGCCACGGCGACCAUAAACAGGUGGUCCAUGUGUUCUACUGCAGCAGAGAGCAGACGUAAAAGUUUUUCGUGGAGAAACUGGUCCACAGGUCAGGCUGCGGUGAGACUAAAACGAUUUCGCUGUUUUCACGCUGAGGUCAGAGCGGUCAGAGAUGAAGACGAAGACACGGAGACGCAUGAAAUCAUGUCUUUAGUGUUAACUGUGGACCGGCCAUCAAAGGGUUUUAUCGAAGAAAACAAAACCACAAAGUAGAAGACAAUACAGAUCAUUUAUUUAUGUGUAAACGUGAUCGAAUAUAAAGGGCCAUUCUUCAGAUUUCAUCUCAAAACGGAUCCUUAUUUUCUGGUUUCUGAUCCAGCAUGAAGUUGUGUGUUUCUGUAGGAUAUAUUUCCACUAUUAUUAUUAUAUUUUCUAUAACUUCCUGUUUCAGAUAUUCUCCUUUGGUGGUAACUGUCCAGAGCUGUGUAGAUUCAUUCAGUCGAGGGCUAUUUCUGACUAAAUAAGCCACUUAGCAGCUAAUUAAGGAAGUAUUUCAGACAUGUGUUUUGAUUGAUGCGAGAAACAAUGUCAAGUAUGUUCGGAGGACGUGAUGACCCCUUUAUUAGGUACAGUCCGGUCUCAACAGGGUUCCAGCGACAGAGUAACUCAAAGAAAUUUCAUUACUUCUUAAUCACAGUCUGAACACUGUGUGGAAAUAGCAAUCCGAGGCUGCGCCAGAUGUCCUGUAACACUGGCGAGCGGACGUUUGUGCACCAGAGGAUUACCCUACAUAUCGAAGAGGGACGAAUGCAAAUAAAUCAAAGACAGUAUGGUCGUUUUUGAGUUGACGUUUAUUUCUGCAGUAAGUCGUGAUAAAAGGUUUUUGUUCGUGAGAGACUCGACCUCUGUUUUCCUGUGUCUGUAGACUUCUGUAUUUUAGGCGUCAGCUGACCCAAGAAAAGGGAAAUCUUUGUGAGUUUCAUCACUAAAGGGGGUUGCUGAGAGUCGUUCUCCUUGAGGAUUAUCCACAGUGACGGAUUUAACCUCAGCUGAGAGAAAACGCCGGUGUCUCUGUAGCGCCCACAGAGCUGGAGUUAAUCUGAGUUCGCCGAGGUUGAAUGAGUUCAACGGAGGAUCACGUAGACGUUCGUUCACUGGGUCAGGUGGUCAGUCUUUCUCUGAGGGAGGGAGGAAGGGAGGAAGGGAGGGACGGAAGGGGGGGAGUCUGAGGCAUCCAGGGACAGAAAGACAGAGGAUGAACUGAGGAGACCGGAGAGGAGAGUGAACUCAGACGGUUCACUCCGGGUAAGACUUCUGUUAACGACGUUUAGAGCUCCACACUCCGGGCUUUGUCCUCAACUGAGAGUCUCAAUCCUUCAAAACUUCAGCUCCACUUUGAACAUCAUGUGAAACAAAUAUUUCAUUUUCAGAGUGUGAGCUGCUUUUAUAACAUCAUUAUUUUAUGACUUUAAUCAGGAUCUCUGCGUCAGUUUUUCUGAACUUUUGUUACCCUGCUGUGUUCAAGAACUGAAUCCGAUCAGGAGUGUUUGAGCGGUUAACGGCCAAACGUCGACAGAAACGACCUUUUCCUGUUGACACUGUGGCAAAAACACCAAAUCGGUUAACAACUUUAAUUUAGAGAGUAUCAGACUUCGGAUUCAUGGUCAAUGCAGUAACUAAAAGAUAAAAAGGAGGAAAGGAGGGAGUUAAAACACAAAGAGACAUCAACCAAAUUGAAGAAAGCACGAUCAAAAAACAGAGCACAGUACAGGCCUUGAUAGUGUUUGAGGAAUUGUUGACAAAAAACACUUUAAAGUAACAAAGAAGACAUUUACCAGGUUUUCAUGAGUUUAUAAUUAAAGGUAAACUUGCUGUGCAGCAUCUGAAAAGACAGCAAUGAAACAAAAAACAGCAACAAUGAUUCACAACUUAAGAUAGGAUCCACAAAAAUCUGUUAAAAGUUGACAAUAAAAUGACAAAACAAACACUGAGGAUUAAAACCAAGUCUUUGGAUGACAAUAAUACUCUAAAGGUGCUAAAAUGUGCCUUUGAGUCUCCCUAAAAUAAUAUGUUAUACACUAAAAUGCAUCAAGAGCUGCAGGUACAAAAGUAUUUCUAUUAUUAUCCGUUUAUUGAACAUAAAGCUCCUGUAAGAAACUUUUGGGUUGUCCUAGUUUUGGCGCCCCCUGUGGACAAAAAUAAAACAUCCUUCUGACCUCUAACAGUCAAAUAUUUAAUUUAAUGUGAAUAUUUUAAGUUGAAAUUGAAAAAAGGUUACCCUCACUCUGUUUUCAGGGGUUUAAAAUAGGUAGAAAAAUAGUCAGUCUUGUUGCUGGUGAUCUUGUUUUCUCUUGUAUAUCGUAAAAAUAAGAGUUAAUGUGAUUUUUAACAUUAAAAACCCCUAUAGGAGCUUUAAUAUAUCAGACUCUGGAUUAUCAGGUGAUUUAGUUUGAAAAUAAAAUGAGUUUUGUUCAGAAGUUUAAUCAUUUUGGAAUAAAUCAGAUAGAAGUCUCAUAUUGUAAAAGUCUGCAUUUCCACCAAAUGCGAAAAGUCAAAUGUUACUAGUUUGUCCACUCUGUGACCCUGUAGGAACGACAAAAACAAACAUACUUAUGAAUAUUAUAUAUCUGCUAAAUCUCUGCACUGCUCCUUUAAAGUGCGUCUUUGUCGUGAGUUAACAGCUGUAAAAUAAUCUCCUCUCCUUCCUCUUACGUCUCAGGCCUCUCCUCACCUUGUGCGUGUCUGCGUGUAAGCUUGUGUGUAGUUCCAAGUGUGUGUUUGUGUUCAUGUGGCUGCACACUUACAUAACUUCCCUCGGCUAAAUUUAGCGACUCAGAGUCGAACUGUCACGGCUACAAGCUGCUGAGCGCAAAAAUAUCCUCAGUCAGUAAGUCAGUGUGUUUUUAGUGUCAACGCGAUAAACUGCAGACACACUUUUCUCUCAGAAAGAGCAGAUCCAGACCUGAUAAACGGGUCUUUAGUGAACAAAUGUGACAUUAAAAUGUUGUUAAAGUAGCAGCAGAGAGAGACGUCUGAGCAGACCGGAGAGUUAACACACAAAUAAUCAACAAACUGAAGCUUAACAGACGUUUGUGCAUGCUUAUAAGAAACUGAGGGUGUAGAAUCAGAGGAUAUUGGAAAAGACGACCAGUCAAGUAAAAGUUAAAGUGCAGGAUUUUAUUUAAAUACAAACAAAUGCAUUUUUUAAAGGAAUCAUUCAAACGUUAAAGAAAUGUGUUUUUGUAAUUCUCUGUAUUUCCUGCAUUUGUUUAAGUUUGAUUUGUUUUAUUUGAAGUUAUCCCCCCGUUAGAAACGUUGCAGUGAAAAACUGCCCUGACCUUGUUUACAUGUGAAAACACGGCUGUAUUAUCAGGCUCAGCUCACUAAAAGGAUUAAGCUAUAAAAGAGUUAGAGACUAAUGCUGUGUGGCAUCGAUCCACAUCCUGUUCAUCUAAAAAUGCCAGAAAACACCGAUUAUUGACAUGAGGAAAUGGUUUUAUUUUGUUUUACUGAUUUAUUUGUGUUUUAUUUGCUGUUUGCAUCCAUCUGUACAGUAGAGAGUGAAACGUGUUUUUUAUUUUCAGAGCUAAGAAGUAGAAAUAGUGAUUGGUUUUAAGUCAAUAAUCUGAUGGAAAACCCUGAAAUUCUAUGUUUUAAUAAAAAAUAAAAUAAUAUCCAUGAUAGUGGUUAACUGUGACAGCUUCUCUGUAACAUGUUCCUGUUUUUUAUAUUUUAUUGAAACUUUAUCAGCAGAUUUAUGACCAAAGAUAAUCCUCCAAGAUUACAAUAAUAAAGUUGUUCUAGGGCUGCACGGUUAAUCGAUUUUAAAUCGUGAUUAUUAGAUUAUGACGAUGUUAAAAAAUGUAAAUUGUCAAGUUGAUUUUCCUCUCUAUCAUGUCUUGUACCUCCAGGCCACCGUAGGCUCCCCCUUCCCACAAACACCAGUGUAAACAAACAUGGCGUUUGCAAAAGAAGGCGAUAAUUUCGUGGUUAAAUUGGACAAGAGCGAGUCAGUCGUGUUGAAUUGGUACGACUUCACAGUUUCAGAUGAAGAGUAAACCACUCCCUGCUGUAAAGUCUGUCUGAAGGCGGUAUCAACCCGUCACCACGGAAACAAAUUCAGGAGGAAACGCUAAAGUUUUUUGAUGUAUCAGAAAUGGCGUUUCAGGUGACUGUAAACGGUACUUUUUGAAAACGGGUCAGAGAGUGAAUAAAUCUGUAAACUACAACCAUUUUGGCACCAUAACCAACGACCAUUUCAGCGCGUGUCCGACUAAAACAACCUUUAUACACAUGCUCUGUACUCUUCUGCUGUCUUUUGUGCAUUUCCUGUGCAGUGUUACAGCGCCACCUACUGGCUUGGCAUAUACACUACAUUGUUUUCAGUGGUUUUGUUUUGAGAGACGUUAGAAAAACUUUUUAUUAAAGUGAAGUUUAGUGAAGUUGUCCCUGAAUAAAAAAAUCAAAACUCGAGUUUUCAGAGAAAAAAAUCGUGAUUUUAUUUUUGGCCAAAAUCGUGCAGCAGCCCUAGUUUAUGCUCACCAACAAUCAUCUCUAUCACCUUUACUGACAUCAGUAUCUCCUUCUGUUUUUCAUCCUCUUUGAGUUUUCUGCUCAGAGCUUUUAUGUCACGGAUGCUGACCUUCAUUUGUUGUUUUAAAUGAUCCUGACGGGUUGUUUUCUGUCGUUUGUCUGCAGCUCAGAUUGAAAUCAUUCCCUGUAAGAUCUGUGGAGAUAAAUCAUCAGGGAUCCACUACGGAGUGAUCACCUGUGAGGGCUGCAAGGUAAGACUUAUAAAAAUAUAUAAUGGAUAACUUAUAAUGGAUGUAUUCAGACCUGAAGUGAGUCUCUGAGGAGAGACAUUUGGUCCAGAUGACUCAAAUUCACAAAUAUUUGCAACAAGCAUAUUUAUGAGAGAUAAUUUUAGCUCCGAAGAGAAAUCUGCAUAAGUGUUUUGGAAAAGCCAAUCAGCUCCUGACACCCUGCUGUUCAAUGUUUAAUAUUUAAUCCCAGCUCAGAAAGAAAUGUGCGUUUUAAAGGUUGUUUUUCAUCCUGUUUCUUGCACCAUCCUCUCAUAAACUGGAUGCAGACGUUUUGCAAAUCUGCAUCAUGAUUUCACCACUUCUGCACGCCGUCGACCUGUUCAGUUUAAUUAAGGCGUGGAGAGUCUUUUAUUCUGGGUCCAUCAGAGGAAACCUGGUCUUCACGCUGGUCCUGGAGGAGCCGCUGAUUCGUGCUGAUCUGAGUUUCCAGAGUCGCUGCAAAGGAAAAUAUUUGUAGGCAACCGAAGUGACCCCGUGGUCCAAAUGAGAGCAGAAAUGUGAUGCAGAUGUUGACUCACUUUGAGUCUGAACGCAGCCUCACAAUUACGGGCACAAUGAGCAAAUUAACACCUCACAAAUCGACAGCUGCUGCCGAUUUGAUCCGUCUGUGCAGGAAGGAGUGUGUGGCUGCAGGAGGAAAGUCGUGUGCAGUAAGAGUCUGACUUACAUCCUAAAGUUUACAUCAUGAGAACUCAGACUUGGGGCUCUAUUUUGGUGCCUCGCCGGAGACGUGCCGCAAGCGCAGCGUCAGCCAGAUCCGCCGCGCUGACAAGGCGUUCCCAAGCACAUUUUGGUAUUUUGGUGAGCGACGCAGCCCGGCGUUAGUAUCCCCCCUCCCUAACUCAGCUCCUCCCAGCAGCAUAAGUCGUAGACGGGGAGGAGAGAGGGCGUGUAGUGGGUUUAACACAGCCGAGACCUGUUUUCACCAAUCACAUAAGCUCCUCUCCUUGCCUUUAAAUCCGCCACAGGCGAGGCGUAUUACUAUUUUCAUGAAGUAGUCAAAGAGAUCAAGAGAUGUCUUAAGACAGUAAUGCCACAAGAUGGCGACAGAGGGCAGCUCCUCAACAAGUGUCCUCCACACCCUCUCACAAAUAAAGAGCUUUCAGCGCACUUUACACGCCGGUGGCGAGCACGAAAAUGUCACUGCGCCAGCUGAUUCUGUCGACACCUCCCCCUGCCACGCCACCACGCCCAGCUUGGCGGAUCUCGGCUCGCCUCCGUGCGGCUCAGUCCAUGAAAAUACCAAACUGGCCUUACGCCGGGCUCCGCCAGAUGAAAAUACAACUGCGCGGGGCUCGCCGCCCUCCGCCGCCUCACCGGCGCGCACGAAAAUAGAGCCCCUUGGUUUCUAAUCUUUCUGAGCAGUCAGAUUCUCAUAACCAGGAGCAGAGGAAACGUCAGACUCUCAUCUCCACCGUUUGGCACAGAGAUGUUCUCCUGGUUACAUCGUCUGUGUGUUAAACUGCAGCAGCUGUCGUCUGCAGCUGGAGGCUCAUUUCUCAGCCAACAAGCAGAGGAUGGAGAUCUGUCUGUGUACAAACACGGAGAGGAGAGAUUCAGGGCGAGGAGAGGCCUCAUGGAUCACAGAGACAGUCCUGGAGACGGGUGUGAGAGAGGCCUGAUAAUAAGAUGUUUCUGUCCCCUCCUCUGACAGGGUUUCUUCAGGCGGAGUCAGCAGAGCAACGCCGCCUACUCCUGUCCUCGCCAGAAAAACUGUCUGAUUGACCGGACGAGCCGCAACCGCUGCCAGCACUGCCGUCUGCAGAAAUGUCUGUCUGUGGGCAUGUCAAGAGACGGUGAGACACGUAACCAGAGGUUCAAUCUCAGGUGUAAAAACUGCCUGAAAUAAAUAAUCAGAGCAGCGUCUCUUCUGUCUCAAAAUAAAGUCCUUUUCUUUUCAUCGUCCUGCAGCUGUAAAGUUCGGCCGCAUGUCCAAGAAGCAGCGGGACAGUCUGUACGCUGAGGUGCAGAAACAUCGUCUCCAGCAGCAGCAGCAGCAGCAGCAGCAGGGGUCCCUCCUCCUGUCCCACCCCAGCCCAGGUGAGGCCGAGCCGCUGUCCCCCCACUACAGCCUGUCCUCCACCGGGCUCACAGAGCUCCCCGAUGAUCUGGGAGGAUACAUCGAACAGAACUCACCCGAGGAAGGAUCCGUGUCCUCUAAGGUCCGUGGUUCUUAUUUCUAGACCGGCUCUGUCUAAAAUAACAGAAUCAGCUGUUCUGACAAACUCUCUUCUCCACAAACAGGCCGACUCUGGAGGAGGAGGUGGAGGUGAUGGAGGAGGAGGAUUCUACAUGGACUUCCAGCCUUCUCCAGACCAGUCAGGACUCGAUAUCAACGGAAUCAAACCAGAGCCGCUGUGCGACUACGGGUCCAGUAACGGCUUCUUCCCGUACUGCUCCUUCAGCAACGGGGACACGUCCUCCACCGUGUCCAUGGCUGAGCUAGGUGAGUCUGAGGGUCUUUGCUGCUGCUCUACCCGCCUGUGGAAAGAAGGACUCUCAGAACUGAACCACACGAACAAAAAUCACUAGUUUGUGUCGAUUUCUCAGAGGAUCUUCGUAUGUAAUUCCUCCUGAAUCGAGUUGUGGAGGUCUGAUUCUCACUGUAAUCUCCCCUGAUAGAAACAAACUCUGUACCUGCUCCUGGAGGCGUAGGCUGAGCUUUAAAAGCGUAAAUCUGACAGCAUAUGGCGGAAGGUUGUAGAGAGCUGGAGGGAAAAACUUACAGAGAAGGAGAUGAGGAAACACGUUGAAAAGCUGCAGAGAGGAGAGUAGGAGUAAAACUAGAGGAGGUGAGGAGAAGGAAGUCACAAAGACGAGUUACAGCGAGACAAAGAAACAAAGCGAGAGCGAGAACUGAGGGGUGAAGAGAUCCAGGGAAGGUUGUUUAAAAUAGCAGGAGGUUGGAAACUCAUCUUCAGAGCUCAUUAAAAUCUCUGUGUGGUAAUUAGCCGUCUGUUAAUUAGGGCCAAGUGGGACGUGGUGGGGCUCUGGAUGGGGAAAUCAGCUCUUUGUGAUCCCUGAAGAUUUGUUUUUAUCCUCAGACUUUAUGUUUUUGGACAAAACACUUAUCCCGGCGCCUCUUUAUCUCCACGCCACCGCGGCUCUGUAGAUUGUUGUUUGGUCUGCUUCGUUAAUCCGUGUGAGUUUAUUCAUUCAUUCAUUCAUGCUGGAACAAUUAGAACUGGCACAGAACAACAGGUACUGUGUGUUCCUCUGGAAAUAAUUCAUAACUGAGUCACAUUCACAAACAUUUGGAUCUCCCCCUCUGUGGGACACGAACAGGGUUUCACUUCUCAGAGACAGAGCUCACACUGUCACCUGAUUUUAACAAAAAUAAAAGACAAUUACGAACAACGACAGACGCUGAAAGUUCUCAGAGUGUGUGCAGGAAUAAUAAUAACCACAGGCGACCAGGCUAACAAGCUCUGAGUCUACAGUCUGACGGGGUACAUGAACAAAUCUGCUGAGCCACGAAACCCCUGAGCGCUCUCUUCAUCAUGAGGAGGACGAGCUGCUGCAGUUUGGCAUGAACAGGAAGUGUUGAGGCGCUUUGGAAAGCAAGAUAAACUUUGUGGCGCAGUUCAGAGCGAGUCUGUAUCGCUGUUUGAUUGCUGCAAUUUACUCCAGCAAUAUUGAUAUGAAGAGAAGGAGGGACCUCUCAAUACCAUAAAUAUAUGUAAAUAUGACUGUGUGCAUGAUGCAAUAAAAUAAUACUGCAAUUCUGACAAGACAGUAAGAUAAUAAAACAAUAAUAUCAAAGUUAAAGCACUCAGUAGGGCUGGGCGAUGAACCAAAAAUUUACUGAUACCGAAAUUUACGACAAUAACCGACGUCAUUUUGCCGAUAACGGUAUAUACGAUGUCAAAUAAAUAAAUCAAAGUUGUUUUUGGAUGUGUGUAGGUAGGCUAUGGUCUCAUGUCCCUUUAAUACGCUGUCCUACAUCAGAGACGUGACUCCACCCCAUCCAGUCUGUAACAAAGAGGGAAAGACAGGUGAGGAGAUGGAGGACGGUUCAGAAGUUGUAGCGGCUGAAGUAGACGAAGUUAAUGUGGGAGGGGGUGAACAUAGGGCUGGUUAAUACAACGAUAAUCAUAUAAAUCUAAACUUAAUUUCCUUCGAUAUCGAUAUAAAACAUGGUCAAUAUGACUUUCGAUGGUCGGCAUUCUGCCAUGUUUUAGUCAACUAACGAAUAGCAAAUGAACAUGAAUGAAUGAAAUGAAUGAAUGAAAUGACACAUGAAAAAAGACAUGCGACCAAUGAGCUCUGUUACUAAAUAAGAGUAACAGGGAACAAUUUAGAUUGACAAGUGAUUUUUUUCAUAUCAUGAUAUAUAUAUAUAUAUCGAUAUCGACUGAUAUAAAAAAAAAUAUAUUGUGAUAAAAAAAUUUUCCCAUAUCGCCCAGCUCUAGAUGAGCAGCUUGUGGAGUAGUUAUCGUCCAUUUAUUGUUCUCGAGGUGAACUGAUCAAUUUAUUGUGAUAUUGAUUUGAGGCUAUAUCGCCCAGCCCUAGCACUCUGUGUUUUCUGACUUCUUUUGGACCUUUUUUAAGACUGACUCUUGUUUUCUCGUAGAUCACCUGUCUCAGAUCAUCUCCAAGUCUCACCUGGAGACGUGUCAGUACCUGAGGGAGGAGCUGCAGCAGAUGAGCUGGCAGAACUUCCUCAAGGAUGAAGUGGAGAGAUACCAGAGCAAGGUACGUUCAUAACGUUUGUUGUUUGUAGACAGUGGUUCUCAAGACAGUCUCGCUGCGGACCAGAAGUUGUUUGAAGCCUUUCAAAAUAAAAGCACAUAUUCUAAGAGUACAUUUCUCUCUGUAUGACCAAAGUUGAUUUGAAGCCUUUCAAAUUAAGAGCGAUUACACUGGGAAGUCUUUUUUAGUAGUCUCAUGAUUUUAUUAUUCUGAGAUCCUGUUUCAUCAAACUGCAGUUCCUGGAGUGUCCACUAGAGGCUGAGGGAUUCUCGUUCGUAUGUUCGUGUUUGUAUUAACGUCGUUUUUGUCUUUGUUUUACAGCCGCGGGAGCUGAUGUGGCAACUCUGUGCGAUUAAGAUCACAGAGGCCAUACAGUACGUGGUCGAGUUCGCCAAACGGAUCGACGGCUUCAUGGACCUGUGUCAGAACGACCAGAUCGUGCUGCUGAAAGCUGGUGAGGAGGGGGUCACACUUUCUCAUCAUACUAAUAUCUCACUUCUUAAAUCUUGAGUAACCAUAGCAACACCUGCCUAGUCCCUAAAAUACCUGCUGCGGUGUGGAGUCAUUCGCCGCUGAAAGUCGUUUCUCUAUUUGGUUUGAAAACAAAGUUACUGAUCAACUGAUCAAUCAAAUAGAUUAGAUAAUCAGCUGUGAGUUUUAAAUCAGGAUUAGAUUUGAGAUUAUUAGAUUAACCAAUCACAUGCUCCUCCUCUGUGUUCUCCCUGCAGGCUCUCUGGAGGUCGUCUUCGUCCGAAUGUGUCGGGUGUUCGACUCUCAGAACAACGCCGUCUACUUCGACGGGAAAUUUGCAGGUCCUGACGUCUUUAAAGCGUUAGGUGAGUUUUUAUUUUACCGCUCCUCAUAAUCAAUCCUGGUGUCAGAAGUGGUGAUCGGUUCUGAUCCGUGCUGGUUCGUGUGUGUUUCCAGGUUGCGAUGACUUGAUCACGUCGGUGUUCGACUUUGCCAAAAGCAUGUGUUCGCUGCACCUGUCCGAGGACGAGCUCGCUCUCUUCUCGGCCUUUGUUCUUCUCUCUGCAGGUACGUGUCUCUGCUCUGUCUCGUAUCGUUCGUCUCUGUCGCUCUGAAGGUUUAGUCGAGGUUGUAGUCAGCGUGCGUGUGUGUGUGUGUUCACGUGUUUGUGUGUUUCUGCAGACCGGUCGUGGCUGCAGGAGAAGCUGCAGGUGGAGAAGCUGCAGCAGAAGACUCAGCUGGCUCUGCAACACGUCCUUCAGAAGAACCACAGAGAGGACGGACUGAUCAACAAGGUACCGACACCAAACAUCUGAAGUUCAGGAGGAAGAGAGAAAAUCCUGAACUUCAGAAAAAACAGGAAAACCAAACUGUCCAAAUAUUAAAACAGUGUUCAGUCAUCAUGUUCAGAUAGUUCCUAUUUUCACAGAAGAAGACAUGGUCCCCCUGCAGCUGUUAGAACAGUUAGAAAAUGGCCUUGACCGCCCCCCUGUGGUCAGAUUCUGAACUACAAGAAUUUCAAACACACAGAGAACACUCCUGCUCUCUUUGAUCACUUUGACUCGUCCUCCUUCUCUAGAUAAUAAUAUUCAUGUUCGUGUGUCUCCUCUCCUCACCUCUAUUCUUCUCUCCCUCCUUACCUCCUCUUUCCUUUCCUCCUCAUGCUUCCUUACCGCCUCUCUCCUCUUUUCCUUUCUUUAUUCUUCUUUUAUCAUUCACUUCUCUCCUUCUUUCUUCCCUCUUCCUGUCUUGCUCCCUCUCUUUGGUUCCUUGUCCGUCUUCUCUCCUUGUUUCCUUUCCUUGCAUCCUCCUUGUUUCCCUUCUUUUGUCCCCUACACUCCUUUCUUUCCUUCUCUGACUUCCUUAUUUCUUUCCUUUUUCGUCGAACCUUUCUUUAACUCUUUUAACUUAUUUUCCACUCCUCUUUUUUAUCUCCUUGUCUCCUUUCCUUCCUUACUUUACAUCUUUCUUCCACUCUUCCUGUUGCCUUUUCUUCUUCUUGUCUUCUCUUUGUCACCCUUCUUCUCUCAACUCUUCUCAACUUGUAUCCUUCUUCCCUUCCUUUUCCUCUUCUUCUCCUUUCAUUGUCCCACUUCUAUUCUCUCUUACUUCCUUCUUGUCCUUUCCUCCUCACCUCCUCUCCUCUCCUCCUCACCUCCCCCUCUCCUCUACUCUUUACCUCCUCCUUCCUUUCCUUUCCUCUCCUCCACACCUCCUUCUCUCCUCUCCUCUGUUUUUCUCUCCUCUCUUCUUCUCUCCUCUCCUAUUCUCUUAACCAUCCCCUCUUUCUUCCUCCACACCUCCUCUCCUCUGACCUCCUCCUCCUCCUCACCUCCUCCUCCACACCUAUUCACGUCCUCCUCUCCUCUCCUCCUCUCCUUUCCCCUUCACCUCCUCUUCCUUCUCCUCUACUCCUCUCCUCUCCUCCUCACCUCCUCCUCUCCUCUCCUCUCCUCUUCUCUCCUCUCCUCACCUCUUCACCUCCUCCUCCUCCUCCUCCUCCUCCUCCUCUUCUCCUCUCCUCACCUCCACCUCCUCCUCCUCCUCUCCCCUUCGCCUCCUCAGCUCAGAUGUAAGGUGUCGGCGUUGCGUUCGCUGUGCAGUCGGCACACGGAGAAGCUGUCGGCGUUCAGGGCGGUCUACCCGGACGUGGUCGGGACUCACUUCCCUCCUCUGUAUAAGGAGCUGUUUGGAGCCGACCUGGAGGUGACCCUGCAGACCGACGGAUGAACUUUGACCUCCUCUGAGCUGCAGUGAACCGGCAGACGGACCCUUCAGGGCCCUGGAGGACGGGCGAUGACUCACGCUGCUGCUGCUGCACUUCUUCUCAUGAACAGCUGAGUCGACAUAAACAGAGAUUCUGAACUCUUUCUUCACCUCCUCCUUCUCCUCCUCCUCCUCUCAUGGCUCUGUGUUAUCAAACAGAGAGGAAUCAGGUUGACUCCCUCCACCUGGAUCUGGAUUCUGGAUCAGGCUCACUGACACAUUUACAGACACCUUCAAACCUUCAUCUUUCUCGAGCAGACAUCAGCACUUCUUCUUCUCAAAGUCACUCCACCCUGAGCGUCACCUGAACUUGUUUAAAAACAGACAAUGGUCAGAGAGGUGGAGACAUCAGAACUGGGCGAGCAUCGAGCUUUUAUUAAAGCGUCAAACUUGUACCCUCGAAGGUAAGCCCUGACAGCGAAUGCCUCAUCUUUAUAUUUUCAUGGUUUCAAUAUUCGACCUUUAUUUCAGUUUCCUCCACAGACUGUGUGUCAGAAGUCGACAUCAGCUGCAGUAGUGACAGACAUGCAGAGCGUGAGCGGAUGAAUACAAAAGUGAGAGAUGGGUCACGCUAGUGCAAAAUCAAACUUCCCCAUUUAACGAUAUAAACGCUGAUCCCAGCACCAGUAAUGAGAUCUCGGACAGGAUUCCCUGAAGCGCCCUCACGUCUUGGUUACAGCGUGUCGUUAAAAACUUACAACGCGAGCAAAACAGGAAGUGUUAAAGAGGUUAAAGAAGACAUACACAGUUUCUAUGUGCACAUCUGCGCUCACGUCCACAGCCACUAUCACUUUGUCCGUCUUGUUCUCCCUCUUUUUAAGGAUAACAUUCUUUCAUACAGUUUCUAACCUAUUAUGAGUUUGAUUCAUAAUUAGCGCCCUCACGUCUCGGUUACAGCAUGUUAGCAUGUUUGUAAAAAGCUCCAACAAAGUAAGAAGUCAGAGCUCGUAAUAACAGACAGUUUCAGUUCCCACUGAGCGUUUCUGGUCUAAAAGACGUCUAAAUGUAGACCAAGUUUAAACCAAGUCUAAAUCUGGGCUAAAUCUAAAUGACACUGUAUUUUGCUCAACAGCUAUCAUAAUUAUUUUGGUUAAAUACUUGAAGAUCAGUUAUGAAACUCACAGUUGCUUUUUGAAGUAAUAGUUACUGAAUAAAGGGUUAAAGUGUAACGUCUGAAUUCUGUCUAAAAUUAUACAGACUCUAGACGGUUAAAAUAAGGUCUAAAAAAACGUCUAGUAGCCGUCUAUCGCUCAGUGGGUAACUGUAUCCCAGACCUGAGGAUGGUCGUUGGUCCUAAAUCCCAGCAGGAGUUUCCUGACGGCUACGUUAAUUUCUAACAUACAGUCUUGGUGUUUGUCGUGUAAUCCUUCUUCUUGUUUCUGUACCACUGUGUAAAAAUAUGAGCGAAAACAUCCAUUUAUUUUCUUGUUGUUUUGAACUAGUUUGGAUAAAACCACUUAAAGAGUCAUCCAGGGUCCAGAAAGGUUUGUUUAUUGAUGUAGCGCUUAAAGAGACGGUUUUAAAGUCACCAGAUUUAUAUGAAAACAAACCUCGAUGUUUGAUUCAACAGCAGCUGGUUUGGUGGGUGUUUCAUCGCUUCAUCCAGGUAGACAUCCUCUUUGACUCAUGGGUCAUUUUUCCCUGACGUUUGUUCAUGCGUCACUCGCUAUUUAUGUCCGAAACAAAUCUCAUGUUUUCUCUUCUCAGGCAGAUUAAAUCGACGAGUAUUUCGCAAUCAGGAAAAAAUAACAGUAGCAUGUGUCUGCAGACCUGGAGGCUGCAGAUUCAGUCAUGCAUCAAACCUAAACUGUCAAAAUAUAGAGUUGAGGUCUGAAAUCUGGACCCUCCAUCUCUGCAGUAAACCAAACUCGAAGGAAAUCUGAGAAAAUCCACUUUUUUUCCUCUAAAUCUAGAAUAUCAGUGAAGGUUUCUGUGGAUUUCUCAAACAAAAUGCCUCACAGUUUAUCCCUCCAGGAAAAGAGCAGCUCAUUUAUGUAAGCCUGCAGCGCCAUCCACUGGCAGAAAUAGGGAAGUACAGGUUGUCUGUCCUCUGGUCAGUGUUUAAUGAGGUUUUCAGUUUCAUCUGCUCACACUUUCACCCUGUAUUUUUCACGAGAGGCAAAUGAUUCAUGAGAUUUUUUUUCUUUAAAAUGACUAAAUGCAAGCAAUACAGCAGAAACAACAGGUUAAUAAUAGUAGCAAUAUGAAGUCUAUGCAGAGUCACCAUGAUAAAGUGGUAAAGAUGUUGCACUACAGUCCAUGCACUGCUGCCCUGGAGGUGCGUUUGGACCGCAGACUCCUGGGAGACGACUUUGUUUUCCAUCAUCCACGUCUAAGUCGGUGAUUUCACAAUCGUUUUCACACGCUGGACAGACCUCAGAGGGUCACAGGGGAUUUUUAAUUUUAUAGUCUAUGAAUCAGUAACACCACAAAGGUUGUCUGCUCCUGAUUUUCAGCUGCAGAUUCUGCACAAACAUGUAGAAAAAUAAAGGAGAGUAAAACAUGUGAAAAGCUUUGACCAAUCUCUGAUCCCUCAGACUUUUAUUUGCAUUUAUUAAACUCCAUCAGUUCAUGUCCACAUAUAUCUGCAUCUAAGUGCAGCCAACAGCCUCGAAAUACUGCCUGUCGACUCCAGCUCCAGUCGUGUGUCCUAAAUUGCUGGUCAGACUCUAAAUGAAGAUAAGACAUGAAGGAAUUCUCAACAUGAAGUUCUCAGAUGCUCCAGAUCCUUCUCGGUUCCUCUCAGAGGCUCUGUUGUCUUUGAAGAACUGCUGAUCCUCACUUUUUAAAGUGUGAUGUUGUGUUAAAGUCUCUGAUUUGAACUAUCGGCUUUACAGAUGUAAUAUGUACGAAUUGAACAAAAAUUUGCAGAUUUAUCAUCGAGUAUAAAUGAACCUUGAGUUGGUGUUUGUCCAACAUCUGAAAAAACUGAACAGGACUUUGAAACUGUUGUAGUUUGUUCAGGUUUCUGCUCCUCCAGGUCAGGACGACAUAAAACGAAAAAGAUGUUCAUGAUCCUUUCCUACAGGGUGAACUCUCGUGUUUGUCCGACUUGUAAAUCAACCAAAAUGCCAAAUGGGCUCGAUUCUACUUUGUUUUUCUUCACCUGACGACCAUUUUUUUAUGAAUGAAUUUACUGGGUCCAGUUUGAGCGGAUGCAUACUUGUCUAGAUUGCACUAAGUUGUUGAUCUCCUCAUAGUGUUUGGAAAAGCUCAUUUCUCUGAUAUGCAUUCAAACAUUCCUCCUGUUUUGAAGCGUACUCUCAUAAUGUGGAUACUAUUUGGAUGUGCCACCAGCUUCUCCACACCGUCACAUUUACUCUUCAGGUCCGAGGCUGAAAAAAAAAGUUGUGUUUCUAUAGAAUAAUGUUCACCAAAAUUUUGAAUGUAAAGCAAUAACUCUGAUGUGUUUUUAUUCUUGUUCAUUUUGUACAGUUUGAAAACGAUGGCAUGUCACUGCAGAGUCCAACUCAUAAAGUUUCAUUUCAGGGGUUUCCUCCUUUAUAAUUUCGUCUCGAUUCGCCACAUGAUCACGUACGCCGACGACACACUCCUCCCACUUCAUGCCACUCGUUGCUUCUUUGAGUAAUCUUAUCGAUACGUCUGUACAGGCAGCAGGAAAAUACCGGUAAUGACGCCGUGAGGGUGUCAAAGUUUUUAUCUGUUGAUUGAUAUGCAUUAUGAUGUAAAGUAUCCGGUUUGAUAUGCACUGCUCUCCUUUAGGUUUAGUUGAAAAAGAGGGGAGCAUUCGUGUUUUUAAUAUGUGUGUGGUGCUAGGUAACCUUUUGUUAGCAGGGUCUUGAUUUUACCAACUAUGCCACAUUGUGUGUUUCCUCACAGGGUCAUGUGUAAAGAGGAAAGUUGUGUUUUUAUCCGCCUCACAGAAACUCGACAUUUAUAUGAAACCAACCUCCACUGGUUUAUGGGUAAAUCUUCUGGAUGUAUUCGCUUCAAAAGUCACUUAAAGGUCGAUGUUUUGGUUCAGUCUUAACAAAUAUAACAAGUUUUUGACUCGUGCUCCACAAAAUUAGGGGUUAAAUGAGUGAAAGUCAAGGAUCAGGAAGUUGAAGAGGUUUACCCCCCAUGAAGAACAAAGACACACUAGAUUCACACCUCCUCCUCAUUAUGGAUUAGAGGACUAAAGCUACCCUGUGCACAAUGACCACUGGCACAGUCAUCGUCUGAACCCCAAAUUCCACCACAUGUGGAAUUUGGGGGUCUCACAAGAACCCGCGAAUUUUCAUGAAAUUGCAUGAUAACGAUUGGCUAUGGAAUCCCAUACCAUAUCCAUAUCAGGUCAUAGAUUAUUACGUUAUUUUGGACUUCUAGAAUCAGCAUCUCCUCAUCCAUGGUGUCAACGGAGUGAAAUGACGUCUAAAAACCUUUCACUUGUUCGUCUCCGCCCGUUUGCAUGGUGUGAAAUACGAUCCUCCUGAAACACGGAGUGUUUUAUUUUGAAAAGAAGCCGGAUGUUUUAUUUUGUGUCUGUGCCCGACUUCCUUUCCAGCACGGGUUAAUCUGUGCUGAAUUUAUCCGGCAUGCUGCGGCAUCUGGAAAAAAUAGAACCCUGGCGAUCGGCUACGAAGUCCGCUAAACCGCAGGUGGCCGGGGAGAAGCUGGUGGAAUUCGACCAGACGUGUCUCCUUUGCCCAACCACGAUCAUGCAGAUUUGGACAAACGAGACUAUGAUUGAACACCAUCAAAUUUACAGAAGUUGCGUUCACACCAAACACAAAUUAGAUAAUUUGCACGAGUAAAUUACUUGUAAAGUCAAUGUUGAAUAAAGCCCAUUAUUAUUCCUGAGUUUGCAACAUGUUCAAAACGUAUUUCUAGAAGUCGAGUCUGAUCUCACUCCACUUUAACCAAACAGGCUGAUGUGACCUAAGCAAGUCGACAUGAAACAUUCUGGUGUUCAAAUAUGUGCGAGCUCAGCCAGUCAAUAAUUUUAUUUGUGUGAACCUGUGUGAACACAAAGUUAUUGUGUCCCCACUUUUAUAUCUUUCUGUUUUUGCAAAAACUAGAGAUGCAAAUUCAAAGUAUCCUCCCUGAUUGAUCUGUGGAAAUUUUAGCUCUAAUUUAUUUAAUAGAUGUGAAAAAUCUCUGCAGACAUCAAGAAACUAUUGAAAGCACAACAUGUGGAGGUUCUGCAGCAAGAACAAAAUAAAAAAAAAACACACUUCUUUUUGAUAAAUUUAGCGUGUUCAUGUGGUCUGCACCGUGCUGUUAUGCAGAGAUAAAACAGGAGUAAAUUAGAUCAAACCUUGAACCCAGGUGGAGGUCUUCAGAGUGAGUUUAAAAAAACACAACCUUCCUUUAAAUGGAUAAAUGUUAUUAUGAUACUGAAAUAUCAUAGUACGAGAAUGUAAUUUCCCAGCCUGCACCUGUAUCAGCGUGUCGGGCUGGGUCUGUUGAUCUCUUUGUUUAAACAUGUUGGAUACACAAAGCAGAGCUUCUGUAUCAGAAAUGUAUUAAAAUAAAAUGAAACUGAAUUAAAGAAGCUGUUCCUGUUCUUCUCUGACCUGACAGUGCUGAUAGGAUUUACUCGUCUGCACCUGCAUCAGCUUCCAGAAGGUGGCAGUAGUGCACAGGUGUCUCGUUUAUGAGGAGACGAUGUUGCAGCAGAAAACAGAGCGGCCACUCUUCUCACAGAUCACACACACACACACACACACCGUUUAAAGGGGAUUACACUCUGUUUGAUGCAGUUUUAUCUUUGUUGAGGAUCGAUGUGAAGUCGAAUAUUUUUGUGAUUCACAUUAGGAGAAACAAAAACAACAGUAAGGAUAUAAAACUCUCUGGACAGCUGCACUCGCUCCUUAGAUAGCAGGGAUUUAUAUGUCGCUCUCUAACACCUUAGGAUUUUUAUUUCUCACCUACUCUGAAGA